GUUGGAGCAUUCCCAGCCUUGCCUCGGGUGUAGGGAUUGCAAGGGAAAAGCAAAACUACACGGUCUAGACCCUGUGUAGUUUUGUUUUUUGGGUUAUAACGGGGCCCAACCGUUCUCACCUUGGAUUUCCUGGAAACAUUUUGGAUAAGAGGAUUGUUGCUGAGGCACUGGGCACAGUCCCAUCAAGUGUAGGCAGCCUUGUGAUACAAGGUGCCUUCUGCCAUGUCAACACAAGCUCCAACAUUUACACAGCCGCUUCAGAGCGUUGUGGCACUUGAGGGUAGUGCCGCAACGUUCAAGGCUCAAGUUAGUGGUAAUCCAGUUCCAGAGGUGAGCUGGUUUCGUGAUGGCCAGGUUCUUACUGCUGCCGCUCUGCCCGGCGCUCAGAUCUCGUUCAGCGAUGGCCGCGCUGUUCUGAUGAUCCCCGCUGUGACAGCCGCACACAGUGGAAGAUUUUCUGUGAGAGCCACCAAUGGCGCUGGACAAGCCACUAGCACUGCUGAACUGCUGGUUACAGCGGAAACUGCGCCACCAAACUUCAUUCAGAGACUACAGAGUGUGACUGUUAGACAAGGAAGCCAAGUGAGACUGGAUGUUCGAGUGACAGGAAUCCCUACACCUGUGGUGAAGUUCUACAGAGAGGGAGCUGAGAUUCAGAGCUCUGCUGACUUUCAGAUUGUUCAAGACGAAGACCUUUACAGUUUGUUAAUUGCAGAGGCCUUCCCAGAAGAUUCUGGAACAUAUUCUGUCAGUGCUUCUAACAGCAGUGGACGUACUACCUCUACAGCUGAACUUCUGGUUCAAGGUGAGGAGGUUGCAGUGCCUGCAAAGAAGACCAAGACUUUUGUUUCAACUUCCCAGAUUUCACAGACUCGCCAGGCUAGAGUUGAAAAGAGAAUGGAGGCAUCAUUUGAGUCCACAGCCAUGAUGGAAAUGCAAAUAGAGGAUGGUGAUUUGGCCCACAAGGCGCCACCCCGUGUGCCUCCUAAGCCGACCUCAAAGUCCCCAACCCCACCGACAGGAGUGUCAAAGGUCGCAGCUAGGCGCCAUCAGUCACCAUCCCCUGUGAGGUCUGUUAAAGCCCCCAUUCACACACCUCACAGGCCUGUUUCCCCUUCAAGACUGUCCGUGUCCCCUAUCAGACCAGUCAAGUCCCCAAUGACUACACUCAAACAAGUCGCACAGGCUGCAGAUGUUCUGCCUCCAUGGAAGCAGGAGGGUUAUGUGGGAGAAUCCAGUUAUACCAGCAUGACUACUGGGGCCUCAUAUGUCCAGACCUCCUCCACAUUUGUCCACAAGGAGCAGCAAUGGGAAGGUUCUUUUGCUAUGCAGCAACCAGCCAGUGGAGUCGCUUUCAAACAAGUAGUGUCAGAAGACAUUGAAAGCCGGGAGGAUUUUUCUACUUUCUCUGAACACAUUGAAAUGUCUGCUCAGGAAAGACAGGUUACGGUUGAAGCCAAAGAGGAUACCAUGUCUGAAAUAAGUGCCGUCUCUGAGUCUGUGGAGGCUGGAGCAGGUGUUGCCCCAUUCUUUGUGAAGAAACCCACAGUACAAAAGCUUGUGGAGGGAGACAGCAUAGUCUUUGAGUGCCAAGUCGGAGGAAGCCCCAAGCCACAUAUUUUCUGGAAGAAGAGUGGAAUUCCACUUACUACUGGAUACAGGUACAGAGUAGCCUACAACAAGGACACAGGAGCAUGCAAGCUUGAGAUCUCCAUGACAUUUGCUGAUGAUGCAGGAGAGUACACCAUCUUUGCUAGGAACCCACUUGGAGAGAUUUCUGCAUCAGCCAUGCUACUUGAUGAAGAGGCAUAUGAGCUGUAUAUGAAGAAACAGGAAGAGACAUUCAAGACAGAAAUUACUACUAUUAUAGAGGAGCCAAAAGUGGCUGACAUACCUGCUGUUGUUGAGACUGUAACUGAGAAAGAGCAGAUGCUCAUGCAGAGGAGGAUGGCUCAACAAACCCAGAUGAUGCAGUCCUUCAUUUCAGAGCAGGAGUUACAAAUAUCUAACUUGGAGCAGAGAUUCAUCCAAGAAAUCGAGUUCCGCCUGCUCAAGAUUACUUACCAGGAGCUGGUGAUUGAGGAUGGGGAGCAGUUGGAUAUGAGUGUUUCUGAACAUGAUGCUAUUUCUCCAGUCUUUAAUACUCCAGUUAAAAGCUACAGACUCAGGGAGGGAAUGAGUGCAACAUUUCAUUGCAGGAUGACAGGAACCCCUUUCCCUAAGAUCGUCUGGUACAAAGAUGGUAAGCGCAUCACACAUGGAGGCUGUUAUCAGAUGGAGGUUCUGCAGGAUGGUAGAGCUAGUCUGCGCCUUCCUACGGUGCUGCCAGAAGAUGAUGGUGUCUACACUGCUUUGGUCAGUAACAUAAAGGGUAAUGCUGUGAGCUCUGGAAAGCUGUAUGUGGAGCCAUCUGGUCUAGCACAAACCCAGCUUCCUCAGCCUGGCGCAGUUCAAAGAAUCAGGUCCACGUCACCACGCUCCACAAGUCGUUCUCCUGGUCGAUCACCUGCUCGAAGACUUGAUGAGACAGACGAGGCCCAGCUAGAAAGACUCUACAAGCCUGUGUUUGUACAGAAGCCAUCAUCCUUCAAGUGCUCUGAGGGACAGACUGCAAGAUUUGAUCUGAAAGUAGUUGGAAGACCCAUGCCUGAAACUUACUGGUUCCACAAUGGACAACAAGUGGUCAAUGACUAUACCCACAAGAUUGUGGUAAAGGAGGAUGGAACUCAGUCAAUGAUUGUGGUUCCUGCCAUGCCUCAGGACUCCGGAGAGUGGACAGUUGUUGCUCAGAACAGAGCUGGAAAGACUACCGUAUCUAUGACUCUCACUGUUGAAGCCAAGGAAAACUUGGUGAGACCACAAUUUGUGGAAAAGCUAAGAAACAUCAGCGUUAAAGAGGGUACUUUGGUUGAGCUAGCUGUUAAAGCUAUUGGCAAUCCCCUUCCUGACAUUGUUUGGCUGAAGAACAGUGACAUAAUCUCCCCACACAAACACCCACAUAUUAGGAUUGAGGGUGGUAAAGGCGAAGCUCAUUUCAAGAUUCCAUCAGGUACAGGAUCUGAUAGCGCAUGGUACACUGCUACUGCUAUCAACAAAGCUGGCAGAGAUACCACACGCUGCAAAGUUAACAUUGAGGUGGAUGCAGUAAUUCCUCAGCCUGAGAAAAAGCUUGUCAUUCCCAAGGGAACUUACAAGGCCAAAGAAAUUGCUGCACCAGAGUUAGAGCCACUGCAUCUUCGCUAUGGUCAGGAACAAUGGGAAGACGGUGACCUCUAUGAUAAGGAGAAGCAACAGAAGCCUCACUUCAAAAAGAAGCUUACCUCAGUCAGGUUGAAGCGAUUUGGACCUGCACACUUUGAGUGCAGACUGACCCCUAUUGGUGACCCAACCAUGAUUGUUGAGUGGCUGCAUGAUGGCAAGCCACUGGAAGCUGCUAACAGACUACGCAUGGUCAGUGAGUUUGGCUAUUGCAGUCUUGACUACGAAGCUGCUUAUUCCAGAGAUAGUGGCAUCAUUACUUGCAGAGCUACCAACAAGUUUGGAGUUGACCAGACCUCUGCUACACUAAUUGUUAAAGAUGAGAAAAGCCUUGUUGAGGAAACUCAGUUGCCAGAGGGAAGGCGAGGACAAAGAAUAGAAGAAAUAGAGCGUAUUGCACAUGAGGGUGGCCCCUCUGGAGUUACUGGAGAUGAUAAUUUUGAAAAGACUAAGCCAGAGAUUGUGCUACUUCCAGAGCCAGUAAGAGUUACGGAGGGAGAAACGGCUAAAUUCCGCUGUAGGGUGACUGGCUACCCUACCCCAAAAGUUAACUGGUACCUCAAUGGACUGCUCAUCCGCAAGAGUAAAAGGUUCAGACUUCAGUUUGAUGGUAUUCACUACUUGGAAAUUGUAGAUGCCAAGCCCUAUGAUUCAGGAGAUGUCAAAGUUGUGGCUGAAAACCCUGAAGGUGUUACUGAGCAUCUUGUAAAAUUUGAGAUACAGCAGAAGGAGGACUUCAGGUCAAUCUUGCGGCGUGCUCCUGAGAUUAAGGCUCCUGCUCCUGUACCAACACAAGAGCAUGGUAGAGUCUCAUUUGAGGUUGUUAAAGCCGAGAAACCAUCUGAGACCUCUAAAGACCCCAAGGAGGUGGUUAAGCUAAAGAAAACUGAGAGAGUAAUCCAUGAGAAAUUAACAGAGGAAACAGAGGAGCUAAGAAGCAAAUUUAAGCGUAGGACCCAGGAGGGCUACUAUGAAGCAAUAACUGCCGUAGAACUGAAGUCCCGCAAGAAGGAUGAGUCUUAUGAGGGUAUGCUGAAGAAGAGGAAAGAAGAACUUCUUCAUCAUGCAAAAGAACUAGGGCCUGAUGCUGAGAAGAAUGAAGAGGAGGGUAAACUUACCAUUCCCAAAGUCAAACCAGAGAAAAUUGUGCUCUCUCCAAGCAUGGAGGCUCCUAAGAUCAUAGAACGGAUCCAGAGCCAGACAGUUUGCCUAGAAGAUGAAGUACACUUUCGCUGUAGAAUCACUGGUAAACCAGAUCCAGAAUGUCAGUGGUUCAAGAAUGGUGUCUUAAUGGAGAAGUCAGACCGGGUUUACUGGUAUUGGCCAGAGGACCAUGUCUGUGAAUUAGUGAUCAAAAAUGUCUUAGCUGAAGACUCAGCAAGUGUAAUGGUCAAAGCCAUAAACAUUGCUGGAGAGACCUCAAGCCAUGCUUUCCUACUGGUUCAAGGCAAACAAGUUGUUUCAUUCACACAACUUCUCGAAGAUCAGAAUGCUAAAGAGAAGGACACCAUGGUGACCUUUGAAUGUGAGACGAACGAGCCAUUUGUGAAGGUCAAAUGGAUGAAGAACAAUGCAGAAAUUUUCUCAGGUGACAAAUACAGAAUGCACUCUGACAGAAAGGUGCACUUCCUGUCAGUGCUGACAAUUUCUAUGAAUGACGAAGCAGAGUACAGUUGUGUGGUUGUUGACGAUGACCACAUAAUAACCAGUGCCUCACUUUAUGUUGAAGGUGCACCACUUGAAAUUGUAAAGAAUCUUGAGAAUAUGGAAGUACCUGAGACAUACUCUGGAGAGUUUGAGUGUGUUUUGUCCCGUGAGGAUGCUGAAGGCACCUGGUAUUUUGAGAACAAAGAAAUCACUCCUAGCCUCAAAUAUGUUGUGUCUGCACGUCGUGGUCGUCAUUGCCUUUCUGUGAAAGAUGUUAAGAAAGAAGACCAGGGAAAAUACACUUUUAGAGUGGGAGAUCUUAAGACAAGUGCCUCACUUAAGAUGAAAUUGCGCCCUGUGACUCUGAUGCAAGGUCUUUCUGACCUGACAAUCUGUGAGGGUGAUAUUGCCCAACUUGAGGUGCGAUUCUCUCAGGAAAAUGUUGAGGGCUCAUGGAUGAAGAAUGGCCAAGCCAUUUCUGCUUCCCAUAAGAUCCACAUGGUCAUUGACAAAGUCACCCAUAAGCUUCUCAUUGAGGACGCCAGUAAGGAUGAUGCAGGAAUGUACUCAUUUGUUGUUCCUGCUCAGGACAUUUCUACAAAUGGAAAGCUAACAGUUCAAACUAUUGGCUUCUUGGCACCACUAAAGGAUGUUUCCACAGUGGAAGGAACUAAAGCUGUCCUUGAGGCUAAAAUCUCUGCUACUGAUAUAACUUCAGUGAAAUGGUUCCACAACAACAAGCUGGUGACAGCAAGUGAUAGAGUCCAGAUGGUUGUCAAAGGAUCAAAACAGAGACUGGCUAUUAACAGGACCUACGCAUCAGAUGAAGGACAGUAUAAAUUGAUUGCUGGCAAAGUAGACUCAACCUGUAAACUUUCUGUUCAGCCUGUAUCUAUUGUUAAGCACAUGGAAGACUGCGUUUGCACUGAGACCCAGAAUGUCACCUUUGAAGUGGAGGUAUCUCAUCCUGGCAUUGAUGGUCUCUGGACUUUCAAGGGUCAACCUUUAAAGGCAGGUCCAAAGUACAAGAUUGAGGGCAAAGGUACACACUAUAGCCUCACUGUUUUGAAUGCCAUGAAGGACGAAGAAGGAGAGUACAUGUUUAUGGCUGGUGAAAAGGAAUCUAGAGCAAGGCUUACUGUAUCAGGUGGUGCUAUAAAUGGGCCACUCCAUGAUGUGACUGUAGCAGAAUCCCAGACUGCUGAGCUGGAGUGUGAAGUUGCUAAUCCUGCUACAGAAGGCAAAUGGCUUAAAGAUGGCCACCCCAUUGACUUCAGCGAUAAUAUCAUAAGUGAAAACAAAGGUGCUGUCCGACGCCUUGUCAUCGUCAUCACCAGGCCACAGGAUGUUGGAGAGUACACCUACCAGGUGGCAAAUUCCAAGACAUCCGGCAACUUGAAGGUUGAAGCCGUUAAAAUCAGGAAGACAAUAAAGAACCAAACUGUUACUGAGACCCAGGAGGCAGUAUUCAGUCUUGAACUCACCCAUUUAGAUGUGAAAGGAUCCCAGUGGAUCAAGAAUGGUGUUGAGAUUCAACCAAGUGAUAAAUUUGAGAUAACUGUCCAAGGCAUGGUUCACACCCUGAAGAUCAAGAACUGUAACACCCAAGAUGAAUCGGUCUAUGGGUUCAAACUGGGAAAACUAUCUGCUAAUGCCAGACUCAAUGUUGAAACUAUCAAAAUUGUGAAAAAACCAAAGGAUGUGACAUCGCUAUUGGGUGCCACUGCCUCAUUUGAGCUGAGUUUGUCCCAUGAUGACAUUCCAGUUAAGUGGAUGUUUAAUAAUCAGGAGCUCGAGCCAAGUUCAAAUAUUAAAACACUGUCUGAGAGGAAAGCCCACAAACUUAUCAUUCAGAGUGUUGAAGGUCACAUGGCAGGUGAAUACAUUGCUGUGGUCGGGCAUCUGCAGUGCAGUGCACAUCUUCAUGUUGAAUAUUUGGGAGUCACCAAACCUUUGAAGAACAUUGAGGUUCCAGAGACCCAUGUGGCAACAUUUGAGUGUGAAGUUUCACAUUUCAAUGUUCCAUCGAUUUGGCUGAAAAAUGGAGUUGAGAUUGAAAUGAGCGAGAAGUUUGGAAUUGUGGUGCAAGGCAAACUGCAUCAGCUGAAGGUCAUGAAUGCCAGCCAAGAGGAUGUUUCAGAAUACACAUUUGUUUGUGGAAAUGACAAAGUCUCUGCUACUCUGGCUGUAAAACCAAUUCUGAUCACAUCCAUGCUCCAAGACCUCAAUGCUAAAGAAAAAGACACUAUUACGUUUGAGGUGACCGUCAACUAUGAAGGUAUCACCUACAAAUGGCUGAAGAAUGGUGUAGAAAUCCGAUCCAGUGAUAGGUGCCAAACUCGCACCAAACAGUUCACUCACUCGCUCACUCUCCGAAAUGUUCACUUUGGGGAUGGAGGAGACUACAAGUUUGUGGCUGGAUCUGCUGAAACGUCUGCAAAACUCUUUGUUGAUGCUCGUGUGAUUGAAUUCACCAAGCACAUUAAAGAUAUCAAGGUAACUGAGAAGAAGAAGGCUAUAUUUGAAUGUGAGCUCUCUGAACCCAGUGUCCCUGUGAUGUGGAUGAAGGAUGGGCAGGAACUUGAGAUGUCUGACAGAUUCAAAGCCACCAUUGACAAAUUCCUGCAGCGUUUGAUGAUCCAGACAGUGCGCAUGUCUGAUGCUGGAGAGUACUCUGUGGUUGCUGGUGCAAGCGUUUCCAAGGCAAACCUCAUUGUGGAGGGCAAGGAUGUCCGCAUCUCUGAGCCUGCUGAGAAGGACAUCACUGUGGUUGAGAAACAGAGGGCUACAUUUGAGUUUGAAGUUAAUGAGGAUGACAUUGAAGGCCGCUGGCUGAAAAAUGGUGUUGAAAUUCAAUCUUCUGAUGAGCGUUUCAACUAUGUGACAGUUAGAAAGACACAUCGCUUGACAAUUACUGAAACUUACAGAAGUGAUGCUGGAGAAUACACUUUCAUUGCAGGAAAAAACAGGAGCACAGUCAAUCUGCAUGUCCAGAUCCCCGAGCCUCCUCAGAUCAUCAGGCACAUGGAGCCCCUGUCUGUUGAGGCUGGUAAACCUGCACGUUUCUCUGUGGAAGUGAAAGGAAUUCCUCAGCCUCAGGUAUCUUGGUAUAAGAACUCUCAGGCCCUGUCUUCUGGGUUCAAGUGUAAGUUCCUGAGGGAGGGAAAUGAGCACAUUUUGUUGCUCAUUGAGGUCUUCCCAGAGGAUGCAGCUCAGUACAACUGUGAAGCUAAGAAUGACUAUGGAGUAGCCACAAGCUCUGCUUCACUUAAUGUGGAAGUUUCAGAAGUGGUUUCCCCAGACACGGUGGCUCCAGUGGCCCCACCAGUAAUUAUUACCUCACUGCAAAAUACCUCUGCUGAAGAGGGAGAAUCAGCCAAAUUCCAGUGCCGUGUCUCUGGAGAUGAUCUGAAGAUUACCUGGUACUUCAGAGAUAAGGAGAUUGUGGAGUCUGAGAACUUCAGAAUGUCUCAGUUUGAUGACACCUGCCAGCUUGAGAUCUCCAGAGCAUAUGUUGCAGAUGCAGGAGAAUACACAUGUGUUGCACGCAAUUCUGGAGGAAUGGUCUCUUGCUCCGCUGUUUUGACCGUCAAUGAUCUCAGUGUGAGAACAGUAGGUAGGCAAAGUGUUUCGAGCACUGGAAUGACUCAUUCGGAGAUGGUCACCUCCCAGACCAUGAGUGAGACUCAUUCUUCCACUAUGCAAACUUUUGAAAGUGUCUCUACGGUGAUGAUGUCCACAACAUCUGUUAAAAGCAUUGAGGUCCAACAAGUUACCUCUAUGGAAGAAUACUCUACAAGCCCCACUUUGACCCUGAAAAUGAGUGAUGUCAUUGUCAGCCUGGGGGAUGUGGCUCAGUUCAAUUGCUCCUUCAGUGGACAACCAUUUACUGAAAUUAUAUGGGAUCAUAAUGGAAGGACAAUCACAAAUACAGAAAGGGUGCAGUAUGUACAUCAAGGCGGGCUCAUUUCUCUCAUCAUAUUCAAUGUCCAUCUUGGGGACCAGGGAAGUUACUGCUGUACUGUUAAAAAUAGAAAUGGUGAAAAUCGAACAUCUGCACAGCUCACAGUGGAAGCUAAAGAAGCGAACCCCAAAGAAACCCUCGUACCUUCCGGUUCUAUCAGUAAAUCUUCUAAAACUGAAAAUGAGUCAAGUAAAAAGGCCACUGACCAAGAAAAGCAGGAGUCCUUACCGAAUGUUGGAGCUCUGACAACAAAGUGGCAGAUAAGCCGACAUUACAAUCCUGAUGUUAUCCCUUUGUUGGAGCGUGACAUAUACGAUGCAAUGCAGCCAGAGUUCCCUGUGAAACUGUCCCCAGAAUUCCUUGCCAAACAAAGGGAGAGUGUUUCUCUUUAUUAUGUAAUCAAAGGAACCCCCUCUCCAUUCGUUGUAUGGCUACACAACCAGUUGAAUGUUGAAGAGCCAAGGUCAUACUCCUUGAAACAUGACGGGCCAUUGUGCUGCUUAAAUGUAAAGAAUAUUGGUUCUGAACAAGGGCGCACACAUUCUUGCGAGGUUAUCAGUGUUGCAGGAGACAAAACAUGCAGCACUCAUCUCAGAGUGAAGACAGUGUCUAAAGUGGAUGAGGAGGCCAGUUAUGAAGAGGAAGCAAAAGUGUUUUCUACCUCGACUAUAUCAACUGGAGAGGACUCUUGCACAACAAGUCUUCAUUUAAAAGAAAAAAGCAAAACAUUUGAACUCCAGCCAGAGUGUAAAUUAUUUUCAGAACCAUUAGAGAAAAAGCCAGAAAAGCCAGUCUUUGUAACAAAAUUCUCAUCAGCAAUCGCAACUUUUGGAAACACGGCUAAGUUUACUGUGAUAGUUUCUGGAUUUCCUAAGCCAGUUAUUCAGUGGUACCACAAUGGCCAAUUGAUAAAAUCCUCAGCUUUUUAUACAUUUGUCCAAGAGAAGGAAGAACAUACUCUUGUCAUAACUAACAUUACCAAAGAGUUGGAAGGAGAGUAUUCUUGCAACGCGAGCAACCAAUUUGGCAAGUCAACAUGUACAUCCUAUCUUCAUGUAAAGGUGAAGGACAUAAAGGAGCAAGAAGAGACUUUUGGGCAGCCUCCAUAUUUCAUCAAAGCAAUUGAGCAUGUGAAGUGUGCAGCCGGUAGCCAUGCUCUUUUUGAAUACACCGUAACAGGGGCUCCACUUCCUGAUGUUCAGUGGUACAGAGGUAGCAAACAUAUGCAGCCUAGUAAGUACUGCAUCAUUGUGAACAAUAUAGAUGGGUCUGGCUAUUUAAAGAUAUUAGGCAUUCAGCAAAGCGACAGUGAUCUUUACUCUUGUAGGGCAUCUAAUCCUCUUGGAGAAACCUCUUGCAGUGCAGAACUCAUUGUAUUCUUGGAGACAGCUUCUGAAACCACUGAAUCACGUUUGUAUAGUGUCAGUCUUCCAGAACAAGUCAAGACUAGCCUUCAGGAAGGACAACAGAUGGUUUACACCACUGGCACUGAAAACAGGCAAACUGUUACAAGUGGGCAGAUGGGUACCUUGCAUGCUUUAGAUAUAUCUGCAGCCACUGUGCACAUGGAGCAGGUAACUCACCAAGAUACAGUGAUUCAGUCUCAUGAUGUCCAGAAGAGAGUAAAAGUUGCCCCUGCCCUGCCAAUGCCAGUGGUGGCAACUCCUCUGAAACAGCUGCAUAUGGCUGCAAUGGCCUCUGCUGUUCAAGAAAACCAAGGCUUUACUGAGCAGCACUGUCAUCAAAUUGUUAGUCCAGAAGUACGAGAGCUUGAAUUGAGUGUUGAGGAGCACUCAAAACUUAUGUCCGCCAUUUCAGAGAGUUCUACACCUCUUAGCAUAUUGAAAGCUGAGGAUUUGAUAAAAAGUGAAACUGAAAAGAUACAAACAACUUCAGAGCCAAAGGUUAUUGUUAGUGGUCCUCAAGUUGAAAUUAAGUUACCAAUUCUAUGGGAAGAAUGCACAAAAAUUAAAAGUCCUGAAGAGGAGAAAAGCUACAGAGUUACAGAAGGGGUUAAGUUAUUGUAUACUGCAACAUCAUUGGAGAAUGUAGCACUUACAGAAGGUCAUACUUCAGAGCUAGCAACUUUUGAGUCCAUUGUAUGUUUAGCAGAAAAAGAACAAGCCAAACCAGUGCUUACAUCAGUCAGUGAGACUAAGCACACUCUUUUAAAAGAAAAAAACUUUAAAAUGCAUAGUCCAGACAAGGAAACUGCUCAGCUCUCUAAAGAGCCAAUAUUAAAAUCAGCCCUGGUUACUGAAGAAAAGAACAAGCUUCAAGCUGACAAAACCACUGGAAUACCUAUUCUAGAGCAUCCCUUUUCAGUCCAUUCCCAAAAAGAAGAGGAUCAGGUGCUUCAUUUACAGCUUAUCAGUGACCAAGGCACUCUUUUGUCUGAGGGCAGAUUUACUAGUGAGAAGCCAGGUUUCGAGCAGGUGGAUGUCAAAAAAAUGCCAAUUAUUUUGCACGCAGUUUCUUCUGAUGACCAGACAACGUUUUUUUAUGAACCGGCAACACAGCUAGCAUCCAAGGAUACCACAAUUGUUGUAAAGCCCAGAGAAGAGUUUCCUGCCCGAUUACAUCUUCACUCGGUGCAGUCGAAUACUACUUUAUAUAAAGAAGGGUUACUUUCAGUCGAAAAGCCAGAUGAACAGAAAGCCAUCCAGAGACAAGAAAAAGACCGUAAAUUUGUAGCCACUAAAGAAGAACGUGUAAAACUAACUUCAGAUUAUGCCAAAGGUCUUGAUGUGAUGGUAGAAGGUUUUAAGAUUGAGCACAAAACAGAAGCCAGACCCUUGAGUGUGCUUCAGGUAGUCUCACAGACUGAUCCGCUUUCAAAGGAAAGCCCUCUGGUCAGUGAAGUCAAGCUGCAUUGUGCAAUUGUGCAGAAAGAGGAUUGGUGGAAUAACAUGCAUGCAGCAUCUGUGUCAGAAUCUCAUUCAAUAGAAGAGGGUCGCACAGACAGUUUCAAAGCAGUUGAGAAAUUUACUUGUAAGACAGAUGUAGAACCUAAAGUACCGGUUCAGUCUUAUCAUGUAGAGGAAAAAGCCAUAUCAACAGAAAGUUGUGUUUCUCUUGAGGCUGCAGAGCAAGACUUUGCAGUUCAGAUUCAAGAAGGUCAAUCUGUAAGGCAUUCAAUACUUAUGGAGGAAAAACAUACUCUGACAGGUGAAAUGUCUCAGGGAUUUACCAGAUCAGAGGCAACUGAAAUAAACAUUACAACUCAGCCACUAGAACCUCUUUUAGUAAGUGAAUCGCAGGAAAGCAAAACUCUUCCAAAGGAGCUUACCUUUCUAAUUCCUGUACCAAAAUCACACAGCUUGGACAUCAAAGAACAGUUGGAAAUGACACUUCGAUGUGCUGUGGCUUGUGAGCAACCUUUGCUUUUGGCAGAUGUAGUGCAAAGUUUAGAAGUCGGGGAAGUAAAGGAGGUCAGGAUGCACAUGGAACCGAAAUACUUGAUGUUCACUUACCUUAUUACAGCAGCUGGUCCACCCAUUGAAAUUACAAUUGCCUUCGAGGGUGAAUACCCACAGACAGCAGCUCUUAAAAAUGAGUUUCGUGCUGCUUUCUACUCCAUGCUUAAUCAGGAGAAACCCAUCUUGACCUCUGAACAGUCAAACAUCUUAAAACUUGACAGACCUGAGAGACUGCAGGUUAGCAAAGCUUCUUCAUAUCCAUUAUCCUCAGCAAUUUUAACAGAAAAUGUUGAAGUGUUUGCAACACCCAAAAUGCAGUCUGCUGCUCUGCAAACAGAAGCUAAAGUCUCUUUGCAAUCUGCAAUGUCUCAAAAGCAAACUGCUAUCCAGGAGUCAAGGCACCAUGUGACUCAGAAGACUACUGAAUCCAAGAUGGAGAUCCACAGUUUCACUGAGACUGAACACAGGGAAAUGAAAAUUGUUUCAGAUAUUACAGUUGAUGCACCUCACAGGCAGGAAACUGUGGAAAAGCCUAUGGAUGUUCUUAUUCAAGAAGACAAACGAGAGGAGAUUUUAACAGAGGACAUUUUGCCUGAAAAGCUCUUUUUUGAAAUACCAUUAAAAGAUAUUAAUGCAGAGGAGAAUUCCAAGGUUACAUUGUCUGUGAGAAUAAAAGGUGUAAAAAGUGUAAACUGGCUUUUGAAUGGAGUAUUGAUCAAAUCUGGCAAAGAGUUCAAAUGUUUAAAGGAUAAUGACUCUUACACACUCUUAAUCAACAAAGUUAUCAAGAUGAAACAUGAAGGUGAAUAUACCUGCGAGGCUGAGAGUGAAGCUGGCAAGAUGUCAUCAUCAUCAAGGCUCACUGUUGUGUCAAGAGUGCCUCCAGUUUUCAAAAAGAAGAUCUGUGACGUGCAGAGCAACAUUGGCAGCCCAGUGAAGUUUGAAUGUGAAAUUGAAGAGACACCCAAUGUGACCUUCAAGUGGUCCAAAUCUGGCUCAGAGAUUAGACAGAGUGACAAAUUCAGGAUCAUCAGCAGGCAAAGCACAUCAUCUCUAGAGCUCCUCAACCCAACAAAGGAUGACAUUGGUGAAUACAGUUGUCGUGCUUCAAACAAGCACGGUAGUGACACCUGCUCUGCUAACCUGAGCAUCACUGGACCUGCCCAAUUUGUGAAGAAGUUGACAGACCUAUCUAUUCCAAUGAGCAAAAAACUAAGACUUGAAUGCACAUUCACUGGAGCUCCAAAAAUGUUUGUCACUUGGUACAAGGAUGGCAAACAGCUCUAUGCUUCAUAUCGAUACAACACCAAAGUUACAUCAAACUCCUGUAUCCUGGAGUGUCUGCAUGAGUGCAACAAUGAGACUACAGGAAGAUACUCAUGUGAAGUUUCAAAUAUUUAUGGGACGGAUAUAUGUCAUGCUCAAGUAGUGGCAGUUACAGAACCUGCCCGCUUUGUGAAGAAGUUGACAGACCUAUCUAUUCCAAUGAGCAAAAAACUAAGACUUGAAUGCACAUUCACUGGAGCUCCAAAAAUGUUUGUCACUUGGUACAAGGAUGGCAAACAGCUCUAUGCUUCAUAUCGAUACAACACCAAAGUUACAUCAAACUCCUGUAUCCUGGAGUGUCUGCAUGAGUGCAACAAUGAGACUACAGGAAGAUACUCAUGUGAAGUUUCAAAUAUUUAUGGGACGGAUAUAUGUCAUGCUCAAGUAGUGGCAGUUACAGAACCUGCCCGCUUUGUGAAGAAGUUGACAGACCUAUCUAUUCCAAUGAGCAAAAAACUAAGACUUGAAUGCACAUUCACUGGAGCUCCAAAAAUGUUUGUCACUUGGUACAAGGAUGGCAAACAGCUCUAUGCUUCAUAUCGAUACAACACCAAAGUUACAUCAAACUCCUGUAUCCUGGAGUGUCUGCAUGAGUGCAGCAAUGAGACUACUGGAAGAUACUCAUGUGAAGUUUCAAAUGUUUAUGGGAUGGAUAUAUGUCAUGCUCAAGCAGUGGCAGUUACAGAGCCUGCCCGCUUUGUGAAGAGGUUGAUAGACAUGGCUGUCCCACUCGGUCAGAAACUGAGACUUCAGUGUACAUUCAAUGGAGCACCGAAGAUGUUUGUCACAUGGUACAAAGAUGGAAAGCAACUGUAUGCCUCAUACAGAUACAACACAAGGAUCAUUGAGAACACUUGCAUUUUGGAAUGCCUCCAUGACUGUAACAAUGAAACACCUGGAAAAUACUCUUGUGAAGUAUCAAAUUCCUUUGGCACUGAUAUCUGUCAUGCCGAUAUAACUACAGUUACAGAACCUGCCUGUUUUGAACAGAAGCUUAAGGACAAAAAAGUUGCCAUGAGUAAAAAACUGAAGCUUGAGUGCACGUUUACUGGAGCUCCUAAAAUCUUUGUCACCUGGUACAAGGAUGGCAAACAAAUAUAUGCCUCUUACAGAUAUAAUACUCAAGUUGUUGGAAACACUUGCACUCUAGAAUGUCUACAUGAAUGCACUAAAGACACUCCUGGUAGAUACUCCUGUGAGGUGUCCAAUUCCUAUGGAAGUGAUAUCUGUCAUGCUGAAGUGACCACAGUUUCUGGACCUGCUCGUUUUGUGAAGAAACUCACAAACCAGACUCUUCGAUGGGGACAAAAGUUGAGACUUGAAUGCUCCUUCACAGGAAUUGAAAAACUGUUUGUCACAUGGUACAAGGAUGGCCAACAGGUCUACGCUUCAUAUAGGUGCAACACAAAAGUAAUUGGAAACACUUGCAUUUUGGAAUAUCAUCAUGAGUGUGAUGAGGAUACUCCUGGAAAAUAUUCUUGUGAGGUUACAAAUGAAGAUGGAUCCGAUAUUUGUCAUGCGCUGGUCACCCUUGCGACAGAGCGCAAAAUUCCACCAACUUUCACUAAGAAACCCUCAGAGCACAUUGAGGAUGCCGGGGGAAAAUUGGUGAAGCUUGAGGGUCGAGUAUCUGGGUCACAGCCUCUAUCUGUAAGCUGGUAUAAAGAUAAUAGAGAAAUCAACCCUUCUGACAUCUAUGACAUUUCAUUCAAGAGCAGCACGGCUGUGAUGUGUCUCAAGAAUGCCACAGUCACAGACAGUGGCGUUUAUACAUGCAGCGCUUCUAAUGAAGUGGGCACUGCCUCCUUCAAGGUGGUGGUUGACAUCACAGAGCAAAAAAGGCCACCGACUUUUGACAUUCCCCUUAAACCAGUGACAGUGAGUGAGGGAGAGAGGCUAAACCUUAACUGUCAUGUCUGCGGGUCUCCCCCAAUGAAGAUUCAGUGGAUGAAGGACAGAAGGGAGGUCACAUCCUCUGCUAGAACCAAGACGAUUUUUGUGGAUGGCACAGCCACCCUGGAGAUAAACCAGACAUCUAAAACUGAUGCAGGAGAUUAUCUGUGCAAGGCAACCAACAGUGCUGGUAGUGAAUUCUCCAAGGCCAAAGUCACAAUCAAAGAUAAAGCAAGUGCAGCACCUGCAACAGCACCGGCAGCCCCCACAGCACCUCAGACAGUUAAAAAACUGGAUAACUUGUUCUUCAUUGAGGAGCCCAAGAGCAUUCAUAUUGUUGAGAAGGGUACAGCUACCUUCAUUGCUAAAGUUGGUGGUGAUCCCAUUCCCAAUGUGAAAUGGAUGAAGGGCAAAUGGAGGCAGAUGACUCAUGGUGGUCGGGUCAACAUUCAACAAAAAGGCCAAGAGGCCAAGUUGGAGAUCAAAGAGGUGACCAAAUCUGACUCUGGUCAGUACAGAUGUGUUGCCUCAAACAAACAUGGAGAAAUUGAGUGCAGCACUGAUUUGAAUGUUAAUGAGAAGAAAGACUCUGGACCACAGGUGGUCAAACUGAAGAAGACUCCAUCAAAGCAGAAAAGUCCAAAGGAAGACAAAGACAUUGACAUUGUUGAGUUGCUAAGAAAUGUAGAUCCAAAAGAGUAUGAGAAAUAUGCUCGCAUGUAUGGAAUCACAGACUUCCGGGGUCUCCUUCAAGCUAUUGAGUUUCUGAAGAAGGAGAAGGGUGAAGAAAGUGGACGACCGGAAAGUGAACAUGGAAGAGAAUAUGAUGAGGAUUUGGCUAAGCUUGUGUCUGAUUUGCAGAGGAGAAUGGAACACAGUGAACCUGUUACCCUGCUUAAAGACAUCACAGAUCAGACAACGCAAGUUAACAAAGAGGCAGUGUUUGAGUGUGAGAUUAAAAUCAACUAUCCAGAAAUUACACUGUCUUGGUAUAAAGAUACACAGAAGCUAGAAACUAGUGAUAAAUACGACAUUAAACUCGUGGGCGACCGUCAGAUAUUGAAGAUCAAGAACUGUCAGACCAGUGACCAGGGAAAUUACCGUGUCGUUUGUGGGCCACAUAUAUCCAGUGCCAGACUGAUAGUGUUGGAGAGUCAAGUUAAUGUUCAGAAACCAUCACCUGCUGAUCAAAUUCAGUUCACCAAGCGCAUUCAAAAUAUUGUGGUGAAUGAGCAUCAGUCUGCCACUUUUGAGUGCGAGUUGUCUUUUGACAAUGCAGUCGUCACCUGGUAUAAAGAUACAUGGGAGCUUAAAGAGAGCCCGAAAUAUACCUUUAGGUGUGAGGGACGAAGGCACUUUAUGAUAAUCCUUAACGUAACAUCUGACGAUGAAGGUGUGUACUCUGUGAUUGCACGCCUGGAGCCUGUUGGUGAAACUAAAAGUACAGCAGAGCUUUAUCUGUCAGGAAAAGAAUUUGAAAUAAGACCAUGUUCUUUUGACGUUCCUGAUACAUCGAUACAUGUGCCAGAUGUGUCAUCUGUGAUUAGUUUAAAAGAUGAAUCCUCAGAAUUUCAUUAUGAAGAGAAGUUUGAAAUAACAGAAUUGAAGAAACCUGUUGAGGAGAUUGUAACGAAACAUGUAGUGGAAAGGACAGAGGAGGUGCCUAUGAAAGUUAUGAAGCAACCAGAAGAGACAACUGAAACAUCCUUUGUACAGCCUCCAGUUCCUGAGAAAGAACCUGAAGUCAAGAAGCCUGUUGAGGAAAAAGUUCGAACUGUCAAGGUGACAGAGCAAAAAGAACAACCCACAUGCAAAGAGCCUAAACCUCAGGUGCCUGCAGAACCAAAGGCUACAGUGGCUGACCCAAAGCCUGAACCUAAGUCUGAGCCAAGAGCUCUACCCAAACCUGAGCCCAAGCCUGAGCCAAAAACUCUACCGAAACCUGAGCCCAAGCCUGAGCCAAAAUUUCUACCUAAACCUGAGCCCAAGACUGAGCCAAAAACUCUACCGAAACCUGAGCCCAAGCCUGAGCCAAAAGCUCUACCGAAGCCUGAGCCCAAACCUGAACCCAAGCCUGAGCCAAAAGUUACACCAAAGCCCGAGGCUGAACCUAAGCCUGCAGUUGCAAAGAAAGUUGAGGCACCCUCUGUCAAAGCACCUGAAGCUCCAAAAAAGCCAGAAGCUGCACCUCAACCAUCCUUAGAUAUUAAAAAAGUUGAGGCUUUAACUCCAAAGCCAGACACUACUCAAAUAAAAGCUUUUGUGGAGAUGAAGGAAAGAGAACCACCAAAAGUAAAGCUAGACAGAAAACCAGAGCCUGCUUAUGCUGCCACUGAGACACCAAAGAAAGAAGUCUCUAUGCUACUGCCAGAAGAAUCUAACAAAGAUCAUUUGCCUGUCCAGUCUGAGCCAUCAAAUGUAGAGCCAGCUAGUCAGCCUGAAACUACACAAAGCCAGCCUCCUGAGCCAGUUAGAAAACAAGUAGUCAAAGCUGCACCAGAGGUUAUAGUUGAAUCAACAAGAAAACAACCUCACCAAGAAGUUUUUAAAGCAGAGUCAGUUGGAAAAAUUGAGCCUUUACCCAAAACUUCAGAGUCACCUCAAACAGAUCAAGCUAAAAAGCAAGUGCCAUCAAAGAGUGAACCAACCCCUAAAAUCAGUGAGCCAGCACUUGCUCACAAAAAGGAGGGUCGUCCACAGAAAGUGGUUGAAGUAAAGGCUGCAGAACUACCAUCUGAGAAAAAACCUGUGACUAAAGCUAAAAUGGAGACUGAGAUUCCCUCAGCCAAAGUCUUUGCAGUGUCUGAGAAGAAAACGGACACAUUUUCUCAUACAGUGGAAGCAACUCAGAAGAUCUCCAUGGAUGAAAUGUUUUUGAAGGAGGAAAUUGUGGAAGAGAGUGAAAGCAUGCCUCAUCAACCAGAGGAAAUUUUGUCUUAUCAAGAUCGUAUUGUAAGGAUGGAUGUUAGUCAUCACAGUAGAGAAUCAGCUGCUGAGGAUGUGAAGAUAAUUGAAACAGAGGUUUCCCAGAAGCCAGAACUUUCUUUUGAGCUAAUAAAAACAAAGGAGAUACCUGAGAUGAAAUGGUCAAAACAAGAAAUGCACAUUGAGAAAAAGGAAUGGAAAUUAGAGAUGUCCAGUGUUGAAACGUCUCGAGAAGAUGUGGUAGAAGUUGGCAUUGAGGCACCACAGAAAAGGCAAGAAUUUAUGUCAGAUAAAAAGAAAACAACUAAAGAUAUGCCUCUACAAAAGAGAGAUGAUACCCCUAGAAAAGAGAUGGCCAUUCAGAGAGAAAUAGAUGUUCACAAGAAAGAGUCUAUUCACUUACAGCAGUCUGUUCAUGAAAACAAGCGAUUACACGAGGAAACCCCUCAGAAAUCACCAGAGAUAACACCAAUAGUAAAACCAGAAGAAAAUGGAACUAUAUUAAAGGAAGUCCAUAAAGCACUUGAAAGAGACGAGAAGACCCAGGCUGUUGCAACUCCUGUGUCAGAAGUUGUUUCUCCUACAAAAGAACCAGAAAUAGUGAAGAAACCUGAACCAGAAGUCCCAAAACCAACUUUGGCUUCAGCUGAACAGAAAAUAUCAUCUCCAUCAAAAGAGCUAACUGUUGAAAGGAAACCAUCACCUGAGGCACCAAAGCCAAGUGUGGCUCCGGUUGAACGGAAAAUAUUGCCUCUUUCAAAAGAGUCAACUGUUGAAAAGAAACCAGCUCCUGAAGUACCAAAGCCAACUGUGGCUCCAGUAGAACAGAAAAUAGUAUCUCCUCCAAAAGAGCCUACUGUUGAAAAGAAACCAUCUCCUGUGGCACCAGAGCCAACAGCAGCUACAAAAGAACAGAGAGUCUCUCCUCCCACAGAUGCAGAUAAGGGCCCUGUUACAGCUCCUGGACCUGCUGGCAAAGAAACAACUUGCACCACACAAGCACUUCUUAAACAAAAGAGUAAAAUUCACAUCAAGGAAGAGGAAAAACUGGAAAUGCCAACCAUAAAGAAAGUAACCAGAAGAUCAAAAGAACAUCAGGAAGAUCAUGAAGUUAUAUCACUUAAGAAAUUAAACAAGAUUCAGUGUGAAGAACCACCAACAGAUGAGGGGCCACUUCUCCGGAAAGUUGAGAAAGCUGAAAUAGUUGGAGAGGAGAUGGUGUAUUCAAAGGCUGUUACUGAAAUCAAACUCACCAGCAACUAUGAAGUCACGGAAGAUACUUGGUCAUAUGAAACCGCUACAAAAACAAAGAAAAUAUCUAAAGAGGAGGGAAAGAAGACUGAACAAUACAAGGAUGUGAUGAAGAAGAAAGAGAUUACUACUGAAAUAGGUGGAGAAGUAGAAAAUAAGGGUAAACAAGGAAGUAAAAUUCCAAUGGAAGAUGAACCUAAGAUACCUCAGAAAAAGGUAACUAAGGCAAUAUCAACUGAGAAAGAACAGGAAAUUGUAAAAUUAAAACCUGCAGAGAAAUUAGACAAAGCUGUUGUAGGUCCCCAGAAAGACAGCAACACAGACAGGAUCAGUGAUAGUAUUGGCGUCCAAAAACACGAAAGGCUUAUAAAGGAUGAGCCUGUUUCAAAAAAAGAAAUAGAUGUGACACCUACAGAUCAAAAAACUAAAGAACCCAUAAUUCCAAAACCUGUUGUGGCUAAAGAUGAAAUCUCCAAAGAACCUGAGAAAUUUCCAAAGAAAGCAAAGAGAAUUCUACCACAGGUAGAGGAGCCAGAAACGGUUACACUAAAACCAUUUUCCAAAGAAUCUCAUGCUGAUGUAACUGCUGAAAUGGUUCCUCAAAAGCAAACUGAGAAAAAGCCUGAAGACAUUAAGCAUCCAGAGAGACCGGAAACAACACAUAUCCUGAAGGAACCUCACAUCCAGGUAAACGAACCAGGAAAAAGUGAAAAAAUAUAUAAAGAGACUAAAGAGAUCAAAAAGCUAGAGUCACCCCAUGAGUAUCAGCCAAUGAAGAGUAAUACUACUCCAGAAAAGACACAGGAAGGUCCCAAAGAAGAGGGGAAGGGAAUAGCUAAAAAACACAAAAUGAUUCCAGUGGAUAAAACGAAAAAAGAAGAGGUAUCAUUGAAACCUAUAAAAGGAAAGUUAAUUGCAGAGAAAACUCCUUCACCAAAGGUAGAUAAACCUAGUCCUCAAGUCACUCCACUGACUAAAAAGAGUCUAAAAGAGGAUGAUAAACCAGAAAUGGCAAAAAAAAUUGGUCUUUCACCAAAGGAAAUUCAGAGAGAAGAGGAAAUAUCACUGAAGCCUAUAGAACCUGCAGAGCUAAAAAAGACUCCUUCACCAAAAGUGGAGACACAAAAACCUAAACCCACUGAAUCCAUUCCAAUGGAAAGAAAGUCUAGUGCAAAAUCACCCAAGAAGAUUUCACCAAAAGAUUCACUUCAGUCUGUAAUUCUGAAGAAGGUCUCAAAGACAGUCUCCCCCAAAGAAGAAAAGACUACUCAGGAACCUCCUUUAAAAACUACUGAAGACAAACUGCCAAUGGUAAAGGAGUUGUCUCCUAGUCUUCUGCAUCUACAAAAGAUUCCUACACAGCAAGAGGAGAUAGUAUAUGAGCAUAAGCAGGAGGUGGUGGAUGGUGAAGAAGAAGAAACUUGGGGAUGGGAACUUGCUCCUAGGGACAGUUAUGGAUCCGAAACCUUUGAUGACGCCUUGGAAGAUGGAGCUGUUGAAACCCCAGGAAUGGGUGACAAGAAAGAUGGAAAACCAAAGGAGGAACCAGCUCCAGGCAGAGGCAGAGGACUAAGACCAAGACAAACUCCAUCUCCUGGUGAUGCUGGAAGGGGUAGAGGGCUGAAACCUGGUGGUGGAGGUGACAAGCCUCCAGGAGAAUCACCAUUUGGUUUCCAACUCAAAGCCGUCCCCUUGAAGUUUGUGAAGGAGCUCCAGGACAUUGUGUUGCAGGAGGCUGAGUCCAUUGGCUCCUCUGCUGUAUUUGAGUGCCAGAUCUCUCCAUCUACUGCUAUCACCACCUGGAUGAAAGAUGGAAGCAAUAUAAGGGAGAGUCCAAAGCACAAAUUCACAUCUGAUGGCAAAGACCGCAAACUGGCCAUCAUUGAUGUACAGCUUUCAGACACUGGGGAGUACACAUGUGUUGGAAAGCUUGGCAACAAGGAGAAGACCUCAACAGCUAAACUUGUUGUAGAAGAAUUACCUGUGAAAUUCACAAAGAAUCUGGAAGAAGAGACCUCUGUGUUCAAGGGGCAGCCAAUGUAUUUGACCUGUGAGUUGAACAAGGACCGAGAUGCGGUCUGGAAGAAGAAUGGACAAGAGAUAAAGGAAAUUCCUGGCAAAAUUCAAAUCAAUAUUAUUGGGCUACAGCGUACCAUCACAAUCCAGGAUGCGAACGAUGAUGAUGCUGGUGUUUACACAUGCGAGUGUGAAAACAUUAAAACUCAAACUAAUGUCAAGGUUAUUGAAAUCAUUAGAGACUGGUUAGUGAAACCUUUGCGGGACCAGCAUGUGAAGCCCAAGGCCACUGCUACAUUCAAAGGCGAGCUCUUCAAGGACACCCCUAACUGGAAGUGGUACAAGGGUAACGAUGAAAUUCCUAAUGAGCCUACAGAUAAGACUGAGGUGAAGAAGGAGGGUAAAGAGAUUACUCUUACAAUUAAAAGUGCCCAGCCUGAUGACGUUGCUGAGUACACUGUGGAGGUUGAAGGCCGCAGAUAUGCAGCAAAACUAACACUUGGAGAACGUGAAGCGGAGAUCUUGAAGCCUCUUGCUAGUGUGGAGGUGGUUGAGAAAACGGAGGCCAACUUUGAUACUGAAAUUUCAGAAGAUGAUGUGCCUGGAGAAUGGAAACUUAGAGGGCAGGUUCUGACAAGAUCACCGACAUGUGACAUCAGAUCUGAGGGAACAAAACGAUUCCUUACUAUCAAAAGCGUUCAGCUUGAUCAAUCUGGAGAAGUUACAUACCAAGCUCUGAAUGCUGUGACAAGUGCUAUGCUCACAGUAAAGGAGUUGGAAAUGGAGUUCACAGUCCCUUUGAAGGAUGUUACUGUGCAUGAAAAGAAACAGGCAAAGUUUGAGUGCUCCGUCAAUAAGGAUGUGCCUAAAGUGAUUUGGUUUAAGGGUUCUGAUAUUGUUACACAAGGAAAUAAGUAUGAAAUCAUUGAUGACGGAAAGAAACACAUACUCAUUAUAAAUAACUGUGGCUUUGAGGAUGAGGGUGAAUACAGUAUUGAGGUCUUGGGCAAAUCAUCAAAAGCAAAACUGAUGGUAGAGGGUAUGAGGCUGAACUUCACCUCAACAUUAAAGGACCUAACUGUGAAGGAAGGUAAAACAGCUGUAUUUGAGCUUGAACUCUCUCAUGAGAAUGUUGACGUGACGUGGUACAUAAAUGAAAUAAAAGUGCACCCAAGCAGAACCGUGUUCACCAGCAUGGUGGGAAAGAAACAUACACUAGAAAUUAAGGAAGUAUCACUAGAUGAUACUUGCCUGAUAAAAGCAGAGGCUAAAGGAAUAUCUACAAUGGCUAAGCUGCUGGUUAUAGAGGGUGAUGCAUUUUUCACCUCCAAGUUACAAGAUUACACCGCAGUUGAGAAAGAUGAAGUCACAUUUGACUGCGAGCUCAGUAGAGAUGCUCCUGUGAAAUGGUUCAAGAAUGAAAUUGAAAUUAAAGCCUCCAAGAUGAUUACUAUGAAAGUUGAAGGCAAACGGAGAAUCCUCAAUCUUAAGAAAGUUGAGAACAAAGAUAAAGGAUUAUAUGUUUGCGACUGUGGAACAGACAAGACUUCGGCCAACUUGAACAUUGAAGCUCGUGACAUCAAAGUGGUGCGACCAUUGUAUGGUGUUGAGCUCUUUGAUGGUGAGACGGCUCGUUUUGAGGUGGAAAUCUCUGAAGAUGAUGUCCAUGGCCAGUGGAAACUGAAGGGUGAAGUCUUAUCCUCGUCACCUGAUGUUGAGAUUAUUGAGGAUGGUGCAAAACACACAUUAACACUCUACAACUGCAAAGUUUCCCAAUCUGGAGAGGUGAUCUUCCAGGGAGCGAAUGCUAAGUGUUCUGCAAAUCUUAAAGUGAAAGAUUUGCCCAUUUCUUUUGUCAUGCCUUUGAGCGAUGUACAAGUCUAUGAGAAAGAUGAUGCAAGAUUUGAAAUCGAAAUGUCAAGAGAGGCUAAGGUUGUCCGCUGGCUAAAGGGAUCUCAGGAGUUGAAGGCUGAUGAAAAGUUUGAAAUCCUCGCAGAAGGGAAAAGACACAUUCUGGUGGUCAGAUCUGCUGCCUAUGAGGAUGAGGCUAAGUACAUGUUUGAGGCUGAGGACAAGAGGACAUCUGCCAAACUUGUUAUUCAGGGUAUCCGUCUUGAGUUUGUCAGACCCAUUAAAGAUGUCACUGUUAAAGAGCGUGAGACUGCAGAAUUCAGCAUUGAGCUCUCUCAUGAGAAGAUACAAGUCACCUGGUACAAGAAUGACAUGCGUUUGCAUCCAAGUAAAGUGGUACACAUGUCAGAGGAUGGCAAAACCCAUACUCUGUCCUUCAAAGAGGUGUCUAUUGAUGACACUUCUCUAAUUAAAGUUGAGGCCCUUGGGAAAACCUGUGAGGCAAUGCUCACUGUACUUGAGGGAGAACCUUACUUUACUACCAAGUUGCAGGACUACACUGCAGUUGAGAAGGAUGAGGUUGUCCUGAUGUGUGAAGUGAGCAAAUCAUCUGCUCAGGUGAAAUGGUUCAAAGACGCCCCAAAAAAAUGUGCUUGUUUCACUCAGGACUGUGAGAUUAAGGAGGAAGGCACCAAGCACAUGCUUAUUCUUUACAAUGUUCACAUGGAUAUGGCUGGUGGUGUGGACUUCAGUGCUGCUAAUGCUAAAUCAAGUGCUCAGCUCAGAGACUGUGAGAUUAAGGAGGAAGGCACCAAGCACAUGCUUAUUCUUUACAAUGUUCACAUGGAUAUGGCUGGUGGUGUGGACUUCAGUGCUGCUAAUGCUAAAUCAAGUGCUCAGCUCAGAGUUAAAGCACGCACAAUUGGCCUCCUGCGACCUCUUCGGGAUGUCACUGUCACUGCUGGAGAGACUGCCACCUUUGACUGUGAGCUCUCAUAUGAAGAUAUUCCAGUUGAAUGGUUCGUUGGCUCAACAAAGAUGGAGCCAAAUGAUAGGGUGGUCACCAGAGCAGAAGGAAGACUGCAUUCUCUGACUCUAAGAGAUGUCAAGAUGACAGAGGCCGGGGAAGUGAAACUUACUGCAAAGGACUUUGUGACCCAGGCCAACCUUACUGUGAAUGAGCCACCAGUUGAGUUCACCAAGCCCUUGGAGGACCAGACUGUUGAGGAGGAAGCCACAGCCAUUCUGGAGUGUGAACUGUCCAGGGAGAAGGCUGAUGUGAAGUGGUUCAGAGACGGACAGGAAAUUCGUAAAACCAAGAAGUAUGAGAUGGUGGCUGAGGGACGCAUAAGGAGACUGAUCAUCAAGGACUGUAGCCUCGAUGAUUCCAAGACAUAUACCUGUGAUGCAAAGGAGUUCAAGACAUCUGCUUUCUUAAAUGUUGAACCUCCAUUUGUGGAAUUCACUAAGCCUCUUCAUGAUGUUGAGGUUAAGGAGAAGGAAUCUGCUAAGUUUGAAUGCGAAGUGUCCCGUGAAAGUGCCAAGGUCCGCUGGUUCAAAGAUGGUGCUGAGAUCAGAAAAGGCAAAAAGUAUGAGAUUAUUGCCAAGGGAUUACAGCGUAUUCUCAUCAUCAGCAAGGCAGUAUUUGAUGAUGAAGCAGAAUAUGAAUGUGAUGCAAGGACAUCCAAGUCCUCUGGAAUGCUGACAGUUGUCGAGGAGGAAGCUAGAUUCACAAAGAACCUGUCCAAUGUUGAGGGCACGGAAACCGACAGCAUUAAGAUGAUUUGUGAGGUCUCCAAACCCAGUGCGGAGGUUACGUGGUACAAGGGUGACCAGGAGAUUCCCGAGGGUGGUAGAUAUGAACAUGUUGCAGAUGGGAGAAAGAGAAUUCUCAUCAUACAGGACCUCCGUAUGGAUGAUGCUGGCGAGUACCGGUGCAAACUGCCUGCUUCAGAAACAAAAGGAACUUUAAAGAUCAGUGAAUUGGCAGCUGAGUUCAUUGCCAGGCCCCAAAACCAAGAGGCUGUUGAGGGCGAAAAGGCUGAGUUUGUUUGCUCGGUGUCUAAGGAAAAUUAUGAAGUCAAAUGGUUCAAAGGAGACAAAGAACUUACAACUGAUGAUAAGUAUGAAAUUGUCAGUGAUGGCAAGAGGAGGGCACUCAUUGUCAAAAACUGCGAGCUAAAAGAUGAGGGUGCAUUCACUGCCCACAUUGGCUCUGUAAAGGCUUCAGCAGACUUGUUGGUGAUUGAAAAACUGAGGAUAAUCACUCCCAUUAAGGAUACCCAAGUAAAGGAAGGACAAGAGAUUGUUCUUAACUGCGAGGUGAACUCAGAGGGAGCUAAAGCCAAAUGGCUGAAGAACAAUGAGACGAUGUUUGAGAGCAGCAAGUUUGUCAUGGUUCAGAGAGACACUGUGUUCUCUCUGAGAAUAAAAGCUGCAGAAAAGUCAGAUGAAGCCAGCUAUACCAUUACACUGACUAACCAACGCGGAGAGCAGGCCAAGUGCUCUGCUAAUGUCAAUGUACUAGAGGAAGCCCUCAAGAUCAUUGUGCCACUAGAGGACUGUGAAAUAGAGGAAAAGAAGACUUUGACUUUCACUUGCAAAGUGAACAGACCAAAUGUGACAGUCCAGUGGAUGAAGGCCGGUCAAGAGAUCACUUUCAGCAAACGUAUUCUGUAUCGUGUGGACAAGGACAAGCACACUCUGACCAUUAAGGACUGCAGUCUUGCAGACGAGGGUGAAUACAGUGUAGUUGCUGGUGCUGAUAAGGCCACAGCAGAACUGAUCAUCAGUGAGGCACCCGCUGACUUCACCGCUCAACUCAGAGACCAAACCAUCACUGAGUUUGAGGAUGCUGAGUUCACUUGCAAAUUGUCUAAGGAAAAAGCCCAUGUUAAAUGGUACAGGAACGGACGUGAAAUCAGAGAAGGACCAAGAUAUCAUAUGGAAAAAGAUGAAAAAGAAUGCAAGCUUGUAAUCAAAGAGUGCAGACCAGAUGAUGAAUGUGAAUAUGCCUGUGGAGUGGAAGACAAAAGGACAAGGGCACGUCUCUUUGUUGAAGAGAUUCCAGUAGAAAUUGUCAGGCCACCCACAGAUGUAUUUGAGCCUCCAGCAUCAGAUAUUGUGUUUGAGGCUGAACUAAAUAAGGACAGAGUUGAGAUCAAAUGGAUGAGGAACAACAUGAUCAUUGUCCAGGGUGACAAAUACCAGAUGAUCAGUGAGGGCAAAGUUCAUAGACUGCAGGUCUGUGAGAUCAGACCCCGUGAUCAGGGAGAAUACAGGAUUGUUGCCAAGGAAAAGGAUGCCAGAGCCAAGCUUGAGCUUGCAGCUAUUCCAAAGAUCAAGACUACAGAUCAGAACCUUGUAACAGAUGCUGGAAAGCCUUUCGUCAUGACGGUUCCUUAUGAUGCUUAUCCUCGUGCUGAGGCGGAAUGGUUUUACAAUGACAUCAGCCUUCCUGGGCAAAACAUUGACACAUCCAAUGAACGGACAGAGUACAGGCUGAAGGACCCUAAGAAGUCAGACCAGGGUCGUUACAAGAUUGUCAUCAAGAACAAACAUGGAACAGGAGAGGCUUUCAUUAAUCUUGAUGUCAUUGAUGUUCCGGGACCUGUAAAGAACCUGCAUGUUGUUGACACUGCUGAUGGUGAGGUCAGCCUUGCUUGGGAGGAACCAGAAAGUGAUGGUGGAAGCAAGAUCUUGGCUUAUGUGGUUGAGAGACGAGAUGUCAAACGCAAGACCUGGACAAUGGCCACAGACCGUGCUGACAUUCCAGAGUACUGUGUUGGUGGAUUGCAGAGGGACAACAAGUAUUUCUUCCGUGUAUGUGCUCGCAAUAGAGUUGGAAAUGGCGAGCUUGUUACUACUGAUGAGGCAGUUCAAGCCAAAAACAAAUUUGAUGUGCCUGAUGCACCUCAGAAGGUUAUGGUUGGAGUUGUCAAUAGGUUUGGUGCCACAGUUUCCUGGGAACCACCACUUUUUGAUGGAGGAUCUGAGAUCACAUCUUAUAUCAUUGAACUACGUGACAGAACGUCUGUGAAAUGGGAGCCUGCUAUGGUGGUCAAAGCUGAGGAUCACACAGCCACACUCAAUGAUGUUGUCGAAAACAAAGAGUACAUCUUUAGGGUCAGAGCUGAGAACAAAGCUGGAAUUGGCCAGCCAAGCGCUGCCACAGAUCCAGUGAAGAUCAUGGAUCCCAUUGAGAGGCCAAGUCCACCUCUGAACUUCAGCUACACAAAUCAGACCAAAGACUCAGUUCAGCUGUCAUGGGAGACACCAAUUAGCAAUGGAGGCAGUAUGAUUACGGGCUACAUCAUUGAGAAGUGUGAAGAUGGUACUGACAAGUGGUGGAGAUGUAACGCUAGGCUUUGCCCUGACCUUUACUACAGGGUUUCUGGACUGAAAUUUGGUCAGAAGUAUCACUACAGAGUAUGUGCAGAAAAUGCUGCUGGUGUUUCUGAUCCAGCUGAUGCAAUUGGGCCACUUUUGGCCGAUGAUCCUCACGUGGGUCCCACAAUGGACCUCAGUGGAUUUAAAAAUGGUCUGGAGGUCAUUGUUCCCAAUGCUCUUGUCAUCCGAGUUCCCAUUACGGGAUAUCCUGUCCCCAAACCCAAGUGGACAUUUGGUGACAAAGAGUUCACUGCAGGAGACCGUGUUUCCAUGGUUACGAGGCCUACAUACACCGAACUGGUUGUUGCUCCAAGUGUGCGUCCAGACAAAGGAACAUACACGUUACAACUGGAGAAUGAUGUGACAACUGUCUCUGGAGAGAUUGAAGUCAAUGUUAUUGCAUGUCCAAGUGCACCCAAAGACUUCAAAGUUGCAGAGGUGACCAGACAUCAUGUGCAUCUAAUGUGGGAAGCACCAGAGCAUGAUGGAGGCAGCCCUGUAAGUGGGUACAAUAUUGAGAAAAGAGAGGUUUCCCGCAAGACCUGGGUCAAGGUGAUGUCAGGCAUACAGGACCUCGAGUACACCAUCACAGAUGUCAUUGAGGGCAAGGAGUACUUGUUCAGUGUUAUUGCUUGCAACAAAUGUGGACCAGGAGAGCCAGCAUACAUUGAUGAACCCGUCAAUGUGUCCUCCCCAGCCACUGUCCCUGACCCUCCUGAGAACCUGAAAUGGAGAGACAAAUCAGCGAAGAACAUCUUCCUGCUCUGGGAACCUCCCAGAUAUGAUGGUGGUGCUGCUAUCAAGGGCUACAUUGUUGAUAAAUGCCAGCGUGGCACUGACAAAUGGGAAGCCUGUGGAGAUCCCAUACCUGAGCUUAAGUUCCAGGUGACUGGUCUUGUUGAAGGUCAGUGGUAUGCCUAUCGUGUGAGAGCAGUGAACAGACUUGGAGCCAGCCGACCAUGCAAGGCUACAGAUGAGAUCCUGGCUGUAGAUCCUAAAGAGCCACCAGAAAUCCAGCUGGAUGUGAAGCUUCUAGCAGGCUUAACUGCUAGGGCUGGCUCUAAGAUUGACCUGCCAGCUGAUGUGCUUGGCAAGCCGGAGCCAAGAGUAAAAUGGACAAAGGCUGACCUUGUCCUGAAACCAGAUGAUAGGAUUACUAUCGACACAAAACCUGGCCAUUCCACACUUUCCAUUGCAAACACAACCAGAUCUGACACGGCCACCUAUAUAAUUGAGGCAGUCAACACUAGUGGCCGUGCCACUGCAACUGUUGACGUCAACAUUCUUGACAAACCUGGCCCCCCGGCUGCUUUUGAUAUCUCUGAAAUCACCAAUGAAUCCUGCUGUCUGGCCUGGAAUGCUCCCAGAGAUGAUGGUGGCUCCCCAGUAACCAAUUACAUUGUAGAGAUGAGACCCACAGAUAAAGAAGAGUGGCAGAAACUGUCUGCUACAAUCAAACAAACUGCUUUCAAAGCCUCCAAACUGGUUCCUAUGAAAGAGUAUAUCUUUAGAGUGUCUGCUGAGAACCAGUAUGGCAUUGGGACUCCUGCAGAGCAUGUGCCUAUUGUUGCAAAGUAUUCAUUUGAUACCCCUGGGUCACCAACCAGGGUUCAGCCUUCUGAUAUCACAAAGGAUGCUGUAACUCUGACUUGGUUUGAGCCUGAUGAAGACGGUGGAAGCCCCAUCACUGGUUACUGGGUUGAGAGGUUUGAUCCUGAGACUGACAAAUGGAUCAGGUGUAACAAGCUGCCAGUUAAGGACACAUCGUACAGGGUGAAAGGUUUGCCAACAAAGAAGAAGUACAGGUUCCGUGUUUUGGCUGAGAAUCUUGCAGGACCAGGAAAGCCAAGUGCUGAGACUGACCCAGUUUUGAUUAAAGAUCCAAUUGAUCCUCCUUGGGCCCCUGGGAAACCAUUCAUCAAAGACAUUGCCAAGAUUUCAGCACACCUGCAGUGGACCAGACCUGAGCAUGAUGGCGGCGCUAAGAUUGAGUCCUACAUAAUUGAGCUUCAAAAGAGUGGAACUGAGGAAUGGGUUCGUGUAGCUGAGGAUGUGCCAACAACAGAGCAUUUAUUGAAGGGUCUGAUGGAGAAGCAGGAGUAUUCUUUUAGAGUCAAGGCCGUCAAUGUUGCUGGAGAGAGUGAACCCAGUGAUCCAAGUGACCCUGUUGUCUGCAAAGAGAGACUUUAUCCUCCAAAUGCCCCACGCUGGCUUGAGGUGGUUAACAUUACUAAAAUCAACUGUGACCUGAAAUGGACUGAACCAGAUAGUGAUGGUGGCUCUCCGAUCACCAACUUUGUUGUUGAGAAGAGGGAUGUCAGACGCAGGGCCUGGCAGCCUGUGGAUACCACAGUGAAAGAAACCAAGUAUACUGUCACUCCACUGAAUGAAGGCUCUCUUUAUGUGUUCCGUGUUGCUGCUGAGAAUGCAGUUGGUGUAAGCGAGUUUUGUGAACUAGAGGACUCUGUUUUGGCCAAGGAUACUUUCACAAACCCUGGACCACCUUACGCUUUGACUGUUGUUGAGGUGUCCAAGAGACAUGUUGACCUGAAAUGGGAACCACCCAGCAGUGAUGGUGGAAGACCAAUAACCAAGUAUGUUAUUGAAAAGAAAGAGAAGGUAGGCACACGCUGGGUUAAGUCUGGAAAGACAUCUGGCCCUGAAUGCAAGUACAGGGUGACUGAUGUUGAUGAAGGCUCUGAGGUACAGUUCCAGGUCCGUGCUGAGAAUGAAGCUGGAGUUGGCCACCCAAGUGAACCUACUGUUAUCAUGACCAUUGAGGAUCCCAUAAGUCCACCUUCUCCUCCACUUGAAGUUAAGAUUGUUGAUGCCAGCAGAGAGCACAUCAACAUUACAUGGAAAGCUCCAGAAAAGAAUGGCGGAAGUCCAGUCACAGGCUACCAUGUUGAACUGUCGGAAGCUGGAACUGAGAAGUGGAUGAGGAUUAAUGCUCGUCCUGUCAAAGAGCUCAGGUUUAAGGCUGAGGAAGGCAUCAUUCCUGAGAAAAAAUAUGUUCUGAGAGUUCGUGCUAUCAAUGCGAUUGGAGUCAGUGAUCCCUCUGAAAUUUCAGAUGGUGUCUUUGCUAAAGACCCUGACUGUGCACCAACCAUGGAUCUCAAGACCCAAGACAUUGUAAUUGUUGAGGGUGAGAAGAUGGACGUAAAAAUCCCAUACAGAGCAAUACCAAAACCAUCAAUGGUCUGGAAAAAGGGUGACACUGAAUUAAAGACUGAAGACAGACUGACGUUGACAUGUGAACUCAAUCGUGUUCACCUGGAGCUUCUCAAGUGUAAACACGAAGAUGCUGGCGAGUACACUGUUACUCUUGAGAACAGUCUAGGUUCAAUAACUGGCACAAUCAACGUAAAAGUGAUCGGUCUGCCUGGACAAUGUAAGGACAUCUCUUCCAGUGAGGUCACCAAGGACUCUUGCAAGAUCUCUUGGGAGCCUCCAGAGAGUGAUGGUGGUAGCCCGAUCUUGCACUAUGUUCUAGAGCGUAGGGAAGCUCAGAAGAAGACAUUUUUACCUGUGAUGUCUAGAGACAAUGUUUUAAGUUUUGUGGUCAAAGAUCUUAUGCUCAAUGGUGAAUAUUACUUCAGAGUGAAGGCUGUCAACAAGAUUGGUAGUGGCGAGUUUCUUGAACUCCGUAAUCCUGUCAUAACAGAAGAACAAAAACAACGCCCAGACCCACCAAUUGAGGUUGAAGGACACAAUCCCACCUCAAAUUCAAUCACUGUUACUUGGAUGGCUCCACCAUAUGAUGGUGGAUGCCCAAUCACAGGGUACAUUCUUGAGAAGAUUGAAAAAGAUGGUGACAGAUUUGAAAGAUGCAUUCCAAAUCUGGUACCUGGUUUCUCCUACACUGUUACUGGCUUGACGGAAGGAAAGGAAUACCAGUUCCGUGUCCGUGCAGAGAACAUUGCAGGAGCAAGUGACCCAUCUCGCAGUACACCAUUGAUUAAGGCUGCUGAUCCUGUUGAACCACCAAAGGUAUCACUCCAUGCCCGUAUUGCAUCUGGCCUCAGUAUCAAAAAGGGCGAGGAGAUUAGAUUGGAUACUUACAUAUCUGGAUCUCCCUACCCAACUGUUACAUGGCUUAGAAAUGAUGAGAAUGUGAGGCAGCCACCAGCUAAGAAAAAAACUGAAAUUGUGAAAAAGAAGAAAAAGAAGUCUGUUCAGCCUGAACCUGAAGAAGAAUUCCAUCCACCACUUUUAGAUCGCCUGUCAUUCGACCAGAGCAAAAGGAGUGAAACUGCUCUGAUGGUGCGUGAUGCCAUCAGAACUGACCAUGGAAUUUUCACUAUCAGAGUUGAGAAUCCCCAUGGUUUUGCAACAGCGUCAUGUGAAGUCAAUGUUCUUGAUAAGCCUGGCCCCCCUGUUAACUUUGGAUUUGAUGAGAUCAGGAACACCUCUGUUGUUUGCAUGUGGGAUGCACCUCUUGAUGAUGGUGGCAGUGAGAUCAUCAACUACAUACUGGAAAAGAAAGACAACACUACUGAUGAGAUUGGUUGGGUAACUGUGACCUCGACCCACAAGGGAUACAAUUACCCUGUAACCAAGCUUAUUGAAGGAAAGGAGUACAUCUUCAGAGUCACAGCCGAAAACAAGUUUGGCUGUGGACAUCCAUGCUACUCUGAACCACUUAUUGCGAAGAAUCAGUUUGAACCACCUGAUGCUCCCAACAUGCCUAGAAUUGGAGAGGUCACUUCCAGCACAGCUGCUCUCAGCUGGCAUGAGCCAAAGGACAAUGGUAGCCCUAUCUUGGGCUAUUGGGUUGAGAGACGUGAAGUCAACAGCAAAUAUUGGACCAGAGUGAACAGCAAUCUUCUUAAUGCAUUGUCGGUUAAGGUUGAGGGUCUUAUGGAAGGCCUUGUUUACAUAUUCAGGGUCUGUGCUGAAAAUCUUGCUGGCCCGGGAGAAUUCAGUCCACCAACUGACCCUCAGACUGCAAUGGAUGCAAUCUUACCACCUGGCCCUCCUGCACCAAAAAUUGUUGAUGUCACAAACACAACUAUCGAUAUCAGUUGGGUACCUCCAUUGUACAAUGGUGGUGGAGAAAUCCUUGGAUAUCAUGUUGAGCGCUGUCUGGUUGGAGAGAAAGAGUGGGUCCGCUGCACUGAGUUUAGAUGCAAAGACCGCAAAUACACUGUGACUGGACUGACUGAGGGAGCAGAUUAUUAUCUUCGUGUGUAUGCUGUAAAUGAAGCAGGUCAUGGUGCCCCAGGCAUGACUGAACCUGUUCAGGCCAAAGAACCUGAAGAGGCCCCAGGGGUUGAGUUUGAUGUCUCUGUAAGGAAUGGAGUCAUCAUUAGAGCUGGAGAAACGUUGCGUCUCCCUGCUGUUGUUACUGGUCGCCCUGUACCAGAAGUUAAGUGGACAAAAGACGAUGCAGAGCCAGACAAGGAACACACAGUUAUUGAGACAGAAGGAAAAAACAGCAGUUUAACCAUCAAAAAUGCUUUGAGAACUGACUAUGGCAUAUACCAGAUCACAGGUACCAACCCCAGCGGAACAAAGUCUGCCUCCGUUAAGGUGGAUGUGAUGGAUGUUCCCGGACCAGUGGUUGACCUUAAGACAGUUCAUGUGACCAAGAAGAUGAUUUCACUCACCUGGUCAGAUCCUCUGGAUAAUGGUGGAAGUGACAUCAUGGGCUAUGUUGUUGAAAGAAAAGAUGCCAAAAUGCACAUUUACAGACAACCCUUAGAAGUUGCUGCUUGCAAAUGUGACAUUGUUGGUCUUCUUGAUGGAGAAGAAUAUAUGUUCCGUGUAGUUGCAAGGAACAAGUAUGGCCUUGGUGCUCCUGUUGACCUUGGACCUGUUUUAGCAGUGGAUCCCAAAGGAGUUCCAUCUGCUCCAGAGAAAUUGCACUAUACGGAAAGGACCAAGAACACUAUUACUUUGACUUGGGAACCUCCCCGUAGCGAUGGUGGUUCUCCAAUCAGAGGUUACUAUGUUGAAAAGAUGAGACAAGACAGCAACGAAUUUGAUGUUGCCAAUCGGCAACUCUGCAAAGACCUCACCAUCACUCUGGAAAGUCUCUCUGAGAACAUGAUUUAUGACUUCAGAGUCAAAGCUGUCAAUGAGAUUGGAGAUGGAGAACCAUCCAAACCAAUCAGUGUCAAUAUUCAGGAUGAUGAACAUUCACCAACUGUUAAGUGGUUGAAAUUCUUUAAGAGUGAUGCCAUUAUUGUCAAGAAGGGAGCAGCUAUUGAAAUUCCUGCUGAAAUUCUUGGCCUGCCCUUGCCUACCUUUGAGUGGACAAAGAAUGGAGUAGUUAUUGACCAACCUACUGAGACAAUGACAUUGGAAUCGGAGGAGAUUAACAGGCAAACUAUCAAUACCAAAAUUGGUAUUCCUGAAACUGUAAGACAAGAUACAGGCAUUUACAAGUUAACUGCCACAAAUACCCGUGGAGUAGGUCAACGGACAAUACGAGUGGAUAUCUUGGAUCGCCCAUUGGCACCAAGAAACAUUGUGGUGUCUGACAUCAAAGCUGAGUCUUGCUACCUAACCUGGGAUGCUCCAGAGGACAAUGGUGGAAGUGACCUCACUAACUACAUCAUUGAGAAGAGAGAUGCCAGCAAAAAGAAGUCUGACUGGGAACAGUUGACAUGCUGCAUCAUAGACAGACGUUAUGGGGUGUACAAGUUGGAGGCCUAUGGUACCUACCAGUUUCAGAUCAAAGCUGAGAACAAGUAUGGGGUCAGUGAUGGUUGUGAAUCAGAAAAGGUUGUACUCAAAGAUCAAUUUGGUCUUCCUGGGCCUCCCCAGAGACCAAGGAUUAUUGGUCACACUUGCUCAUCCAUGUUGGUCACUUGGGAGCCUCCAAAAGACAAUGGUGGCUCAACCAUUCAAGGCUACUGGCUUGAAAAGAGAGAGAGAGGAGCUGUGUACUGGAGUCGUGUUAACAGGGCUCCAGUAACAAAACCAGCAGUCAAGGGCCUGGAAUACAAUGUGCUCCACCUUAUUGAGGGUGCCGAGUACCAGUUCCGUGUAAUGGCUCAGAAUGCAGCUGGCGUUGGACCUCCAAGUGAAGCAACAGAGUGUGUGUUUGCACUUGAUCCAAGAAACCCACCAGGUCAACCACCAGCACCUGAAGUAUCAGACAAAACCACAAGCAGUGUGAGUCUUUCCUGGACCUCACCAGAAAAAGAUGGAGGAAGUCCAAUAAAGGGUUACAUUGUUGAAGUUCAGGAUGAAGGUUCACAUGAGUGGAAAAGGAUCAAUACACUGGAUAAGCUGAUCCUAACCAAUUCAUACACUGUGUCAGGGCUUAAAGAGAAUAAAAAAUGCAGGUUCAGGAUUGUUGCUGUAAAUGCUGCUGGUGAAUCUGAGCCAAGUCCCAGAACUGCCGAUACCAUUGUACAAGAUAUUCUGGAGGAACCUGUCAUUACCAUGGAGGUUACAGCUCAUGAGCUUCUGAAUUGUCGUGCUGGAACAACCAUCAAGAUUCCAGCCACCAUCUCUGGCAAACCUAUUCCGAAUGUUACAUGGGACUUUGAUGGAACUGCCCCAACAGAGAAAAAGAAUGAGCGUCAUACUUUGCCAGAGGAUUCAGAAAUAUCAUCCAGUGAUACAACAUCAGUAGUGACAAUCCCUGAAUGUAAAUUAAACCACUCUGGGCGAUACAUCAUCACUGCUAGCAACCAGGCUGGCACCAAAAUCGUUAAAGUGCGCGUGAAUGUACUUGAUUUGCCUGGAACUCCUACAGAUCUCAAAGUCAGUGACAUCACACGUGGAACAUGUAGACUAAGCUGGAAGCCACCAGACUGUGAUGGGGGUGACAGAAUCAAGAGCUACUUUGUUGAGAAAAAGACUGUUGAAGGAAAGGCUUGGACAAAGGUCAACCCAGCUUGCGCAACACAGUCCUUAGUUGUGCCAGACCUCAUUGAAGGACAAGAAUACUUGUUCCGUGUAAGAGCUGAGAAUCGCUUUGGUUUAGGACCUCAUAUCACAACCAUUCAGCGGACUAAAGCCAGAGAUCCUAUUCAUCCUCCUGAUCCACCCACAAGAGUCAAAAUCGUUGAUGUGUCCAAGGGCAUUGUGACUCUGACAUGGAAGCCACCAAAGAAUGAUGGUGGUGCACCUGUAACUCACUACAAUGUUGAACGUCUGUGGUGGGAUAGCAGUGGAAACCAGCAAGAGUCCUGGAGACAGUGCAACCGCCGUGAUAUUGAUACCACCACUUUCAACGUGGAGGAUCUCCACCAGGGUGCUGAAUACGAAUUCCGUGUUAAGGCUGUGAAUGAGGUUGGUGCCAGUAGACCAUCCUCUACAGCUGGACCAAUCAUUAUUAAGGACCAGAACAGGGCACCUUCCAUUGAGCUUCCAGAAUUCAUGGAGGUUGAACAGGGUGCAGAUAUUCAUAUUGUUGCUAUGAUUAAGGGCUGUCCAUUUCCAACACUUACAUGGCAGAAGGCUCCUCCUCACAAAAGUGAAAACAAGGUUGAUGUUGAGUAUGAUGAGCACAUUAACAAACUUGUGUCUGAUGAUAGCUGCACACUGUUGAUCCAGCAGGGCAAACGCUCAGAUACAGGCCUCUACACUCUUACUGCUAGCAACAGCCUUGGCACCAUUUCCAAAGAAAUGAGGCUUAAUGUUCUAGGGCGUCCUGGGGCUCCAUCUGCACCCAUUAAAUUUGAGGAAAUUCAUGCUGAACAGAUAACACUGUCAUGGCUGCCUCCUAAGGAUGAUGGUGGCUCCAAAAUUACAAAUUACACUAUUGAGAGACGUGUUGCCAACAGGAAGACUUGGAUACCUGUCACUAGUGAACCCAAAGAGAGAAUAUUCACGGUUGACAAUCUAAUGCCAGGCCAUGAGUACAUUUUCAGGAUUAGGGCUCAAAACAAAUAUGGUGUUGGUGAUCCUCUUGAUAGUGAACCUGAAGUAGCCAGAGAUGUGUUCAUGCCACCUGGCCAAUGUGACAAGCCAACACUCUCUAGCAUCACAAUAGACGCCAUGACUGUGAACUGGGAAGAGCCAGACUCAGAUGGAGGCACUCCAAUCACAGGCUACUGGCUUGAGCGUAAAGAAACCACAUCUAAACGCUGGAGCAGAGUAACUCGUGAUCCAGUCAGGCCCAUGCCACUUGGUGUGUCACACAGAGUCACAGGGCUCAUUGAGGGAUCUCAGUAUUUGUUCCGCGUGAUUGCAAUUAAUGCAGCAGGAUGUGGACCUCCAAGUGAGCCAUCUGAUCCAACAUUUGCUAGAGAUCCAAUAGCUCCUCCUUCGCCCCCAACUCCGAAAGUCACGGACUGGACUAAGACCACAGCAGACUUGGAAUGGAUUCCACCAUUGAAGGAUGGAGGUUCAAAGAUAAUGGGCUACCAUGUUGAAUACAAAGAGGAGGGCACAGAAGCAUGGGUUAAGGCCAAAGACAAGGAAGUUAGAGGUACUAAAGUUGUGGUCACUGGACUGAAAGAGAAUGCAUUGUAUAAGUUUAGAGUUUUGGCAUUCAAUGCUGCUGGUCUGAGUGAACCAGGCGAAGUUGCUGAUGCUCUUGAAAUGAAGGACCGGAUAAUUUUGCCAGUCCUUGAGCUGGACAUUUCAGUAAAGGAGAAGAUGGUUAUUCAUGCAGGAGGUGUUAUUCGUAUCAUCGCUUAUGUGUCAGGUCAACCUCCACCUGUGAUAACAUGGAGCAGAGAUGGGUAUCCAGUCCCAUCAGAAGCUGUUAUUGAAACCACCUCAAUCAGCUGUUCCAUGGUAAUUAAAGAUUGCACUAGGGCACAACGAGGUGUUUAUACAAUAACAGCCAAGAAUGAUGGAGGAGAAGUGAAGAAGUCUGUUAUUGUUGACGUUCUUGACAUCCCUGGUCCAGUGGGGGUACCAUUUACAGCAGAAAACCUUACAAGUGACUCAUGCAAGCUGAACUGGUUUUUCCCUGAUGAUGAUGGUGGAUCUGCCAUCUCCAACUACAUAAUUGAGAAACGUGAAGCUGAUCGCAAGGCUUGGACAUCUUGCUUCUAUACAGCAGGCAGACAAAAUGCUGUAGUAAAUAAUCUGGUGCUUAAAAAGGAAUAUUUCUUCAGAGUCGCAGCUGAAAAUGCAAUUGGAGUAGGUCCUUUCUGCCAAACAGCAUGUGAAAUUGUGAUUAAAGAUCGCAUUAAUGUUCCAGACCGUCCAGAAGAUCUUGAGGUGACUGCCAUCACCAAAGACUAUAUUAGUGUGACUUGGAAGCCACCUAAGUAUGAUGGAGGGUCUGAGGUGUUAUCCUACAUUCUUGAGGCUCGCACGAUUGGCAAAGACAAGUUUGUCAGACUGACCAAAGAGAAACUUAUGGAUAGGAAGUACACUUAUGAUGGUCUUCGUGAAGGCGACACCUAUGAAUUCCGUGUCAGUGCAGUGAAUGAAGUUGGCCCAGGCAAACCAUCCUUCUCCACUAAGCCAAUUACAUGUAAAGACGAACUUGAGCCCCCUACAAUUGAGCUGGAUUUCCGUGAUAAGGUUGUUGUUCGUGUUGGUGAAAGCUUUGCACUACAGGGGCGGUAUACUGGAAAACCAGCCCCAACUGUCACCUGGUCAAGAGAUGACAAGGAACUAAAAGCAGAUGACCACAUCAAGUUCAAAAAUACUACUACCACUAUGUGCCUGGGUAUUAUUAAAGGUCAGCGUGGACACAGUGGCAAAUACUGUGUGACAGUUGAAAACUGUACUGGUGCUCGUAAAGGCAUUUGUAAUGUCACAGUUGCAGAUCGACCAUUGCCUCCAGAGGGCCCAGUUGUAUUUGAGGAAGUUCACCGAAAUCACAUGGUUAUUUCUUGGAAGCCCCCUCUUGAUGAUGGUGGAUGUGAAAUUUCUAACUACAUCAUUGAGAAGAGAGAUGUAAACAGGGACAUGUGGACAACUGUAACAUCUGCCACCACAAAAACCCGCUGCAAAGUACCUAAGCUUGUAGAGGGUCGUGAAUACAUCAUAAGAAUUAGUGCUGAGAACCUGUAUGGCAUAAGUGACCCACUGGAGUCAGAGGAGAUGAAAGCUAAAGAUCUAUUCAGGGUACCUGAGGCACCUGAGCAACCCACUGUAAAAGACGUCUUCCAUGACUCAGCACUGGUGAUUUGGAACCGUCCUCGUGAUGGUGGAAAGCCCAUAACAAACUAUAUAUUGGAGAGGAAGGAGCCCACAGCUAAGAGAUGGUCUCGUGCAACCAGAGAUCCAAUCUACCCUGCUACACAGUAUAGGGUACAAGACCUCGUUGAAGGCUGUGAAUAUGAAUUCCGUGUAAUGGCAGAGAAUGAAAUUGGAACUGGAGAUCCUAGCCUUCCCAGUAAACCUAUUCUUGCUAAGGAUCCCAUUGUUAAGCCAAGCCCACCUGUUUUGCCUGAAGCUGUUGACAAGACUAAAGAUUCUGUAAGUCUGUCAUGGCGUGUUCCUCGCCAUGAUGGUAAAGGGAAAAUAUUUGGUUACUUGAUUGAGUAUCAGAAGCCCGGUGCAAUCGAAUGGAUCCAGGCAAAUGAAUCACCUGAAUCAUGCCCAGACACCAAGUUUGUUGUGACAAAUCUACCAGAAGGUGGAGAGUUUCGAUUCAGAAUUAUGGCCGUGAAUGCAGCUGGAAAAUCUGAGCCUGCUUAUGUCAAGGAACCAGUGAAAGUUCAUGACAGACUUGAGGAACCGGAGUUGCUGUUAGAUGCCAAUAUGGCACGUGACCACCUUGCCAUGGUUGGAACAGACAUCACACUUAGUGCCACAUUUAAGGGCAUGCCAAUUCCCACUGUCUCUUGGAAAAAGAAUGAUGGUGACGUUCCUGCUCAUUGUCUUAUUGAGGUCACAGCAAGUGGAAGCAAACUUCACAUUAAGAAGUGUACCCGUGCUGACUGUGGCAAUUAUACCAUCACAGUUCAAAAUGCAGCUGGAACAAAAUCUGCUACCUGCACUGUUCUUGCUCUUGAUAAACCUGGACCACCAAGGAAUCUUAAAAUCUCUGAAGUCACAAGUGAGUCAGCUUACCUGACAUGGCAAAAGCCAGAAGAUGAUGGUGGUGCUGUGAUCUCCCACUAUGUUGUGCAAAAGAAAGAUGUAGCAGCUGAGAACUGGGUUCCAGUUUGUGCUGCAUCUAAAAAGCUUAGCCUUAUGGCUCAAUAUCUGAUGGAGGGAAUUCAGUAUCUCUUCAGAGUUGCAGCUGAGAAUCAGUUUGGCAGGAGUGCAUUUGUUGAAACCACCAAGCCUAUCAAGGCAGUUGAUCCACUUUAUCCUCCUGGUCCACCCAAGAAUCUGCAUCAUGUGGAUGCAGACAAAACUGAAGUAUGGCUUCAAUGGGAGUGGCCUGAUCGCACAGGUGGAAGUGAGAUCACCGGAUUCAUUGUUGAACAGCAAGAAGAAGGUGCCACCGACUGGGUGACCUUCAAGACUGUCAGCAAUCCUCAAUGCCAUGUUACUGGACUUGUGGAGGGCAAAACCUACAGAUUCCGUGUAAAAUCACAAAAUGCAAUUGGCAUAAGCCGACCAGACACCAGUGUGCCAAUUACUUGCCAGGAGAAAACCUUGGCUCCAACUAUUGAAGUUGAUGUGAAGCUUAUUGAGGGUCUUGUUGUGAAAGCUGGCAGUACAGUCGUCCUCCCAGCGGUCAUGCAUGGAAUCCCAGCUCCAACAGCCAAGUGGCAAAGUGAAGGAAAUGAGCUUAAAACUGAGGGCAAAUGUAAGAUUGUUACUGAAGGAAAUUCAACUGUCUUGACUAUUAGUGAAUGUGUCAGAACGGACAGCGGAGAGUAUGGCCUUACUGUGGCAAACCCUGCUGGAAGCAAGUCUGUUGCUCUACAUGUUACAGUCCUUGAUGUUCCAUCUGCUCCGGUUGGUCCUGUAAAUAUCCUUGAGGUUACCCCUGAUCAUAUGAUAAUCCAGUGGCGUGAACCAAAAGAUGAUGGUGGCACACCUUUGAUGAACUAUGUUGUAGAGAAGAAGGAUGUCAAGAAGCCUUGGGAGCCGUGGUCCGUUGUGAGUUCUGGAAGCACAAGCACAAAGGCCAAAGUCCCACGUUUGGAGAAGGGACGUGAAUAUAUUGUACGUGUACGUGCUGAGAAUAAAAUUGGCAUUGGUGCUGGCCUUGAAAGUCCUCCCACUAUUGCCAAGCAUAUGUUUGAUCCACCAGGUCCUCCUGGCCAACCAACAUGUUCUGACAUAACAGAAAAUGCUGUAACAGUGUCAUGGACUGAACCAGAAACUGAUGGUGGAAGCCCUGUAAGUGGCUACAUUGUUGAGCGCAGGGAGAUGACUGGUAAAUGGAUUCGAGUCAACAAAACACCAGUCUUGGAUGUAAGAUACAGGGUCUGUGGUCUGUUUGAGGGCAAUAGCUAUGAAUUCAGAAUCUUUGCUGAAAAUGUUGCUGGUGUAAGUGAGCCUUCAUAUCCAUCAGACCCAGUGAAAGCUAAACGUCCAAUUACUCCUCCAGGGCCUCCAAGUAACAUUAAGCUGAAGGACUGGAGCAAGUCAUAUGCAGAUUUGGUAUGGACCAAACCUUCCAGAGAUGGUGGCAGCCCCAUCCUAGGCUAUGUUGUUGAAUGCCAGAAAUCAGGUUCUGCACAGUGGGAUAGAAUAAAUAAGGAUCUAAUCAAGUUUUGUGUAUUUAGAGUACCUGGACUUAGUGAAGGCACAGAGUACAGAUUUCGUAUUAGAGCCUCAAACAAGGUUGGAGAUGGUGAGCCAAGAGAACUCACGGAAACUGUGCUUGCCAAAGACAUUCUUGUUCCCCCUGAUGUAACUGUUGAUGUUGCUUGUCGUGACCUCCUAACAGUUAGAGCAGGGCAAAUCAUCAACCUUGUAACCCGUGUUAAGGGCAGACCUGACCCUGAAAUCACUUGGACUAAAGAUGCAAGGGUUUUAGGCAGAGAUAAACGCACUGAGAUGAACAAUAACUUCCCUCUUGUUGAGCUGGUAAUUCAGGAAGCUGUUAGAGCUGAUUAUGGAAAAUAUGCAAUUCAAGCAAAGAAUAGCAGUGGUCAAGCACAAGCUACAAUUAUUGUCAAUGUACUUGAUAUUCCAGGAGCCUGUCAGAAUUUGAAGGUUGCUUAUGUGACUAAAGACUCAUGUAUGGUUUCUUGGGAAAAUCCAGAGGAUAAUGGUGGCACUGAAAUUACUAAUUAUAAAAUUGAGUGCAGACAACCAAGUCAAAGAGGAUGGACAGUUGUUACUUCUGACUGCACCAAACGACUUUUCAAAGCUCCACUUGUUGAGAAAUGUGAAUAUUUCUUCCGUGUGAGCGCAGAGAAUAAAAUUGGAGCUGGUCCACCAACAGAAACAAAAGCACCAGUCCUUGCUGUUGAUCCAGUUGAGAAACCUGGUGAGCCAGAGAACUUCCAAAUCUCUGAAAUUGGCAAGACAUUUGUCUUUCUCAAAUGGAAGAAACCAGAAUACGAUGGUGGUAGUCGUAACCUUGCUUACCAUAUUGAAAAGAAGCCUAAAGAAGCAGAUGAAUGGGAAAGAUUACACAAAGGUGCUAUAAAGGAAACCUAUUUCAUGGCUGACAGAUGCAUUGAGAACCAAAUGUAUCAAUUUAGAGUUCAAACUAAGAAUGAGGGAGGAGAGAGUAACUGGGUGACGACAGCUGAAGUUCUUGUAAAGGAGGAACUUGUACAGCCAGAGCUCAAAGUCAAACUGGCGGGUGUUCUUGUUGUUAAAGCUGGAGAUGCCAUUCCAAUUGAGGCAGAGCUUAUAGGUAAACCUCAGCCUGAUGUAAAAUGGUCUAAAGAAGGUGACACUGGAGAUAUCACCAAAAGCCCAAGAGUACAAGUUGAAACUGGCACCAACUUCACAAAAUUCCUGCUCACAAAUUCAAGACGUGGAGACACUGGAAAAUACAUAAUUACUGCAACAAAUACUGCUGGAACCUGCUCUGCUGAGGCCAAGGUUAAUGUUCUUGACAGACCAGGUCCUAUUAGAGACUUGAAAGUGUCAGACAUUUCUGUGGACAGAUGCAAGCUUACAUGGGAGAUACCAGAAGAUGAUGGUGGUUGUGAGAUCUAUAACUACAUCAUAGAAAAAUGUGAGACAAAGAGAGGUGUGUGGUCAAUUCAUUCAGCAGCUAUUAUUACCAAUUCAGCUAAAGUUACUCGCCUUAUCGAAGGAAAUGAAUACAUAUUCCGAGUGAGAGCUGAGAACAAGAUGGGUGCUGGCCCUGCUGUUGAAACUGAGUCCAUUGUUGCAAGGACCCAGUUCAGCAGACCAGGUGUACCUGAUGCUCCAGAGGUUACCAAAAUUACAAAAGAAGAAAUGGUUGUUAUGUGGUGCUCUCCUGAUAAUGAUGGCGGAAAACCUAUAACUGGUUAUAUUCUUGAGAAAAAAGAAGAGCAUGCCAUUCGGUGGGCCCCUGUUGUUAAGUCCCCAAUUACAGGGACACAGAUGACUGUUACAGGUUUACUGCCUAAUCAUGAAUACCAGUUCCGUGUUAGGGCUGAAAAUGAAAUUGGAGUUGGUGAUGCAAGCAAGCCAUCCAGAUCAUUCACUGCAAGAGAUCCAGUUGAGCCUCCUGGUCCCGUUAGUAACUUAAAGGUGACUGACACCUCAAAGACAUCAAUUACUCUUGCAUGGACAAAGCCUACAUAUGAUGGAGGUGCUCCUCUUAUUGGAUAUGUUGUUGAGCUAAGAGUCAAGGGAACAGACAAGAAGGGAGAUGAAGGCUGGAAAAGGUGCAAUGUUGCUGCCCAGUUGAUUGGAACAGAAUUCACAGUCUCAAGCCUGGAUGAGAAGCUUGAAUAUGAAUUCCGUGUUUCUGCCCAAAAUCAGGUUGGCUUAAGUCAGCCAACUAAUCUUGGAGGAGCUGUGACACCAAGAGAAGUCUUGGAGGCCCCUGAGAUUGAUUUCGAUGCAGAACUGAAGAAAGGUGUGACUGUUAGAGCUGGCUGCCCAAUAAGAUUAGUAGCAACAAUCAGAGGCAGACCCGCUCCCAAGGUCUUAUGGAGGAGAAUGGGAAAAGAUAAUGUUGUACAGAAGGGCCAUGUUGAUCUCAUUGACACUAUGACAUUCCUUGUUAUCUCUGAAACCACUCGUGAUGAUUCAGGCAAAUAUUCAUUGACUGUAUCCAGUCCAGCUGGAGAGAAGGCAGUGUUUGUGAAUGUCAACGUACUUGACACGCCUGGACCUGUUGUUGGUCUUGAGGUUGCUGACAUCACAAUGUCAUCUUGCAACCUCACAUGGUCUCCACCUGAAAAUGAUGGUGGCAGUAACAUCACUCAUUACAUUGUUGAAAAACGAGAAAUUGAUCGCAAGACUUGGGCAACAGUGAAAAAUGAUGUUGAUGAUACCGCAUUUAAAGUUAGCAAUCUCGUCCCAGGAACAGAGUAUUACUUCAGGGUCAUUGCGGUAAAUGAGUAUGGUCCUGGGGUCCCAAGGGUUACAGCAAAAUCCUAUCUGGCCUCUGAUCCUAUCAGCAAGCCUGAUCCACCACAAAAGAUUGAUGUUCUGGAGAUUACUAAGAACAGUGCAACUGUGGGAUGGGUGAAACCAAUGCGUGAUGGUGGAGCUAAAAUUGAUGGCUACAUUAUUGACUAUCUUGAGCUUCCAAUGCCUAAACCUCUCAAGAAACCAGUGGAGGCUGAAGGUGAGGCUGAGCCUGGUGUAGAGCCAGUGGCUCCACCCCCGCCUGAACCUGUGAUUGAGGAAGAGAAGGAGGAGAAAAAGGAGGAAUGGACGCCAUACACAGUCGUAAAAGAUUUGAGCAUCUCUAUUGCUGGAUUAAAGGAGGGAAGAAAAUAUCGCUUCAGAGUGGCAGCAAGAAAUGCCAUGGGGUCCAGUCUUCCCACAGAGACCAGAGAAGCUUAUGAGAUCAAGGAGCAGAUGUUGGAGCCCAAAAUCAUCAUGCCUGAGCUGGUCACUGCAAAGGCAGGAGCAAAACUGAGGGUUGAGGCUCUUGUAUCAGGAAAGCCAGCACCAGCGUGCCAAUGGAAACGGGGAGAAAAUAAUGUAGUCCCAUCAAGCCGUCUUGCUGUGCAUAAAUCUCUGAACAUGUGUAUGCUCAUCAUUAAGGAUGUUUCAAGACAAGACAGUGGUGAAUACAGUCUUGUUGCUGAGAACAGCACUGGAAAAGUUGACCAGACUUUGAAAAUCAUCAUCAGAGAUAUUCCUGGACCACCUGAGCCACCAUUUGAGAUCAGUGACAUAGAUUCUGAUGCCUGCACACUCUCUUGGAACAAACCUACUGAAGAUGGUGGUAGCAAUAUUACUAAUUAUGUGGUUGAGAAGUGUGAUGUAAGCAGAGGUGACUGGGUGACUGCUCUUUCCAGCUGUGGCAAAGCUGGCUGCAGAAUCGGAAAGCUUAUUCCUGGAAAGGAAUAUAUUUUCCGUGUUCGUACUGAGAACAGAUUUGGUAUUUCAGACCCCCUUACAUCUGAAAGAAUGAUUGCUAAGUUUCCCUUCGAUGUUCCUGGUGAACCUUUGAACUGCCGCAUCAACAAAGUGAACAAGGACUGCAUGUUUGUGGCUUGGGAUAAGCCUGAGUCUGAUGGUGGCAGUCCAAUUACUGGAUACUACAUUGAACGCAAAGAAAGGAACAGUCUCCUUUGGGUUAAGGCUAAUGAUUCUGUUGUUCGCACAACUGAGUAUCCUUGUGCUGGCCUAAUUGAGGGUCUGGAAUACACUUUCAGAGUGUCUGCUAUAAACCGAGCUGGUCAGGGGAAACCAAGCAAGAAAACUGAGUUUAUCACAGCAAGAACACCUGUUGAUGCUCCUGGAAAACCAGAAGUGCUUGAUGUGACUAAGAACUCAAUUACAUUGGUUUGGACCAAACCAAAGAAUGAUGGUGGAAGCAAGAUAAUUGGAUACUAUGUUGAAGCAAUGAGGCUUCCAGGAGACACUUGGGUGCGUUGCAACAUAAGUAGUCAAAAUGUGCCUCGUGAGGAGUACACUGCAACUGGGUUAGAAGAGGGUGCUAAGUACCAGUUUAGGGUAAUUGCCAAGACAGCAGUUAACAUUAGCAGGCCAUCUGAAUUCACUGACCCCAUUCUGGUGUCUGCAGAAAAUGUACCUCCAAGAAUAGAGCUUUCAAUACAGAUGAAAAAGAUGUUACCAGUAAAGGCUGGGUCAGAUGUUUGCCUUGAAGCUGAAGUUUUUGGUAAACCAAUGCCCAAGGUUACAUGGAGCAAGAAUGGAGAAGUGUUGAAAGCUGACAAAGAAUUCAAGAUGUCUCAAAAGAGACACCUCUUUUCUCUGAGCCUUGAUGCAGUUACUAAACUUCAUACUGGAAGUUAUGGAAUUCUUGCAGUAAAUGCAAGUGGUUCUACAACUGCAGAAAUACAACUCAAAGUUUUAGAUAUACCUAGCCCACCAGCCUCUAUCAAGUUUGAUGAAGUACUUUCAGAUCGGAUCAAGUUGAGCUGGGAGGCUCCACUUGCAGAUGGUGGUUCUCCAAUUACAAAUUAUGUUGUUGAUAAACGUGAGACAAGCAGAGCUAACUGGGCCCAAGUUUCUGCUAAAAUCAGUGGUGAUACAAAAGAAUGUUUAGUGGAGAAACUGAUUGAGGGGCACGAAUAUCAGUUCCGUGUUCGUGCAGAGAAUCGCUAUGGUACUGGUGAUGCCAUCAUAUUGGACCCUGUUGUUGCAAGGAAUCCCUUCACUGUUCCUGGAGCAUGUGACCCACCGGUCCUUACAAACAUCACAAAGGAGCGUAUGACUGUAAGUUGGAAGGAACCAUCUGAUGAUGGAAAAUCCCCUAUCCUUGGAUACAUAGUUGAGAAACGUGAGACCAAGGAAAUUAACUGGACCAAACUGAACAGAAAGCCCUUGCUGGAGAGAACACUUGAGGUUGGAAGUCUCUCUGAGGGAGCUCAGUAUGAGUUUAGAGUCAUUGCUGUUAAUAAAGCUGGCCUUGGCAAACCCAGUGAACCAUCUAAUGCCGCCUCUGCUCUUGAUCCUUUGUAUCCUCCAGGCCCACCCAUUUCUCCCAAGGUUACAGACACGACCAGCAGCACCAUUAGACUAACUUGGACUAAGCCUGCAAAUGAUGGUGGUAGUGAAAUUUUGGGAUACCUUGUCGAAUGCAAGAGAACUAAUACAACAGACUGGAUAAGAUGCAACGUACCCAAGAACCUUCAGGAUACAAAUUAUGCUGUGACUGGACUCUUGGAGAACUCAGAGUACCAACUUCGUAUUACUGCUGUAAAUAAAGUUGGAUUUAGCCAGCCUUGUGAAGUUCCUGAAAAACAUGUUGCCAAGGAUGUUUUUGCUGCUCCUGAGGCUGAGCUUGACGCAGAGCUGAAGGACACUUUGGUGCUCACGGCUGGCAGUAAAAUGAAACUUCAUGCCACAUAUAAGGGUCGACCAAUCCCCAGGGUGACCUGGGCCAAGAUGAACACCAACAUUAAGGACAGACAAGGAAUCAUAAUCAAGACAACAGACACUGAUACAUUGGUUUAUGUUGAGAAAGUCAAUAGAAAUGAUGCAGGGAAAUACAUUCUGAAUCUUGACAGUGUAAGCGGAAUGAAGAUGUACACCGUUAUUGUCAAGGUCCUUGAUACUCCUGGACCUCCACUGAAUCUGAUGGUAAAAGAGACAUCAAAGGACAGUGCCUCCAUCCUAUGGGAUGAACCUCUAAUUGAUGGUGGAAGUGAGAUUACAGGUUACAUUGUUGACAAAAGAGAUUCAGAAAGGAAAGCAUGGUCAAAUGUUUCAACCACUUGCACUAAAACAUCUUUCAAGAUUGAUGGUUUAGAGGCUGGAAGAUCUUAUUGUUUCAGGGUUCUGGCUCAAAAUAUGUAUGGCAUUGGUGAGCCAUGUGAAACUGUGGAUGCUGUUAGAGCUUCUGAACAACCUGGACCAGUUAUGGACUUUAAGACCUUGCUGAUAACCAAGGACUCUUGUACUCUUUCCUGGAAAAAGCCCAUCAGUGAUGGAGGAAGCCGCAUCAUUGCAUAUGUGCUAGAAGUCCUUAAUGGCGAAGAUAAAUGGAAGGAGCUUCUUAGAUCAAAGAAUAUGCAAUAUAGUGCAAAAGACCUUGUUGAAGGAAGGGAAUACAAAUACAGAGUUAAAGCAACAAAUGAUUCUGGUGAUGGUCCUGUAAAAGAACUCUCUGUGAUUGCAAAAAAUGUCAAUGUUCUUCCAAGCUGUGACUUGCGAGAGUUGCCUAACUUGAACUAUAUUGCAAAAGAAGGAAGCACCGUUCGUCUCAAGAUUCCUAUUAGUGGAAAGCCUGUCCCUGUUGUCACAUGGAAGAAGGGAGAGGAUGAAAAUCUCACAGACACAGGAAGAGUGUGUGUAGAAUCAACGGCAGUAAACACAACUAUUCUGAUACGUGACUGCCAAAGGACAGAUGCCUCAAAAUACACCAUCACUCUUCGCAAUGCUGCUGGAACGAAAGAGUCCACAAUUUUUGUCCGAGUUGUUGGCAAACCAGGAAUUCCAGCUGCACCAAUAAAGUUCAAGGAAGUGACUGCAGAUGGUGCAACCUUAAAAUGGGGUGUUCCUAAAGAUGAUGGUGGAUCAGAAAUUACCAACUACAUUCUUGAGAAACGUGAUUCCAUUACUAACAUGUGGGUUGCUGUGUCUUCAUCUGUGGACACAAACACUUUCAGAGUGACUGGUCUCCAUGAGGGAACUGAAUACAUCUUUAGGGUUAGUGCAGAAAACAAAUAUGGAAUUGGUGAGGGCCUCAAGUCAGAGCCUAUGGUUGCCAAGCAUCCAUUCAAUGUUCCAGAUUCACCUCCACCCCCUCAAGUCAUGAGUAUGUGUCAUGAUUCAGCAACUCUUGCAUGGUUGGAUCCAAGGAAAACUGGAGGCUCACCAAUCACAGGUUACCAUGUUGAAUUCAAGGAAAGAAACAGCAUGUUAUGGAAAAGAGCAAACCCAACUGCUUUGAAGAUGAGAGAUUUCAAAGUGACAGGUUUAACAGAGGGUCUAGAAUAUGAGUUCAGAGUUAUGGCUAUUAAUCUGGCUGGUGUUGGUAGACCAAGUCCUGCCACUGAGCCAAUGGUUGCCUUGGAUGCAAUUGAUGCACCUGGCAAACCUGAUGUGAUUAGCAUCACUAGAAGCACUGUAACACUUCAGUGGACUGAGCCUCAAUAUGAUGGUGGACACAGGCUUACAGGCUACAUUGUUGAGAGACGUGAUCUCCCGGCCAAGGUCUGGGUAAAGGCUAAUACAGUAAAUGUGGUGGACUGUGCAUAUACUGUAGCAGACUUGCAAGAGGGUUGCAAGUAUGAAUUUAGAAUCAGAGCAAAGAAUGCAGCUGGAGCAAUAAGUCCACCCUCUGAACAAACUGAUACCCUUGUGUGCAUGGAUGAAUAUGCGGCACCAACCAUUAUAAUUGAUCCAACAGUCAAGGAGGGGCUAACUGUCAGGGCUGGAGAUACUAUUGUAAUUACUGCAACAAGCAUUCUGGGCAAACCUCAGCCAACCUCUGUGUGGUCAAAGGGUGGAAAGUAUUUCAAGCCAUCAGAUGUGUGCCAGAUAGAAACUACACCUUCUUCUUCUACUCUUUCUAUCAAGUAUGCAAGUAGGAAGGAUUCAGGAGAGUACACAAUUACAGCAAGUAACCCAUUUGGUGUGAAAGAAGAAAUUGUGAAAGUAACAAUUUUAGAUGUUCCCGGUCCACCAGGGCCAAUUGAAGCUAGUGGAAUUUCAUCUGAAAAGGUCACUUUGACAUGGGCACCACCUCAUGAGGAUGGGGGAUCUCCAAUUAGAUACUACACUUUGGAGAAAAGAGAAACAAGCCGUCUUCUUUGGACCAUUCUUGCUGAAAAGAUUAUUGACUGCCACUUUGUUGCCAAUAAGCUUAUCCAGGGAAAUGAGUACAUCUUCAGAGUUUCUGCUGUCAACAGUUCUGGAGCUGGUGAUGCUUCCCAUUCUGAACCAGUAAAAAUGGUGGAUAGCUAUGGUCCCCCUGGUCCGCCAGCUAAACCAGAAAUUGAAAAUGUUGGUGGAAAUUCUGUUACCAUUGCUUGGAAAAGACCAGCUGAUGACGGUGGAAGUGAUAUAAUAGGCUACAUGGUUGAGAGGAAAGAAAAGAAGGGCAUGAGAUGGACUCGAGCAUCAAAGAAAACAAUUGCUGACCUCCACUUUGAAGUGAAAGGGCUAAAAGAGGGAGAUGAAUUUGAAUUCAGAGUAAGUGCUGAGAAUAAGGCUGGUUUUGGUGAGCCAAGUGAACCUUCAAUGCCAGUGAGGACAAAGCUUGUUGCAGAUGUACCUGGUCCUCCAGUCAACCCAAGAGUCACUGACACAACAAAAACCACUGCUGAAUUGCACUGGGGCAAACCACUUAGUGAUGGUGGAAUGGAAGUUACAGGAUACCUUGUUGAGCACAAAAAGGAGGGAGAAGAAGAAUGGGUGAAAGAUACAGCCACACCUUUGAGGAUCACUGAGUUUGUUGUCCCCAGUUUGCAAGCUGGAGUAAAGUAUAAUUUUAGAAUUAGUGCAAUGAAUGCAAUGGGGGUUAGUGAACCAUCACAAACAGAGGAUCUUGUUGAAAUUGUGGAACAUGAAGAAAUCCCUGAUUUAGAGCUAGAUGUAGAACUCAGAAGAACGUUAGUUGUUAGGGCAGGUGCCUCUAUUCGUUUAUUUAUUCCUAUUAAAGGACGCCCAACCCCUAUAGUGACUUGGACAAAAGAGGACACACCAUUGAAAACUCGCGCAAUCAUCGACAAUACCGAAUCAUACACCCUGUUGGUCAUUCCUGACUGUAAUAGACGCGACGCAGGGAAAUAUGAUUUAACAUUAGAGAACACUGCUGGAAAGAAGACUGUUUCUGUGGUUGUAAGGGUUUUGGACUCCCCUGGUCCUCCUCUCAAUCUGAAACCCAAAGCAAUUGACAAAGAGAGCAUCACAUUGGAAUGGGAAAUGCCUAUUAUUGAUGGAGGUUCUAAAAUUACCAAUUACAUCAUUGAGAAGAGAGAAUCUACUCGCAAGGCAUAUGCUGCUGUGAUCACACAUUGUGAGACAUGCUCCAUCAGAGUUUCCGAUCUGGCAGAGGGUUUGGAAUAUUAUUUCAGAGUUUCUGCUGAAAAUGAGUAUGGCAUUGGUGAAGCAGUUGAAACCCCAGACCCAAUCAGAGUAUCUCAAGCACCAACUCCACCAGAAAAUGUAACUUUUACUGAUGUUACAAAGCACACAGUUAGGCUUGCAUGGACUAAACCAAAACAUGAUGGUGGAAGUAGGGUUACUGGGUAUGUAAUUGAAGCACAAAAGAAAGGAACAGACCAGUGGGCCCAUGUGACAACUGUGAAGUCUUUGGACUUUACUGUAAAAAAUCUUAAUGAAAAUGAAGAGUACAUAUUCCGUGUAAUGGCGGUGAACAGUUCUGGGCGAAGUUUUCCUCGUGUAAGCAAGCCUGUUGUUAUCAAAGAACAAAAUUCAGAACCAGAAUUUGAUCUCCGUGGUGUGUGUCAGAAGAUAGUUAUUGCCAAGGCUGGUGAAGAUAUAAAGGUUGAGGUGCCUGUUUCUGGACGUCCUAAGCCUACAGUUUCCUGGCAGAAAGACAAUCAAGCCCUCAAAUUAACACAAAGGACAAUGAUUGAAAAUACUUCUACCUCAACUAUCUUGAUCAUAAAUGAAUGUUUAAGGAGUGACAGUGGAAUAUACUCAAUGACAGGAAAGAACAUUGUGGGCUCUGUUACAGAUAGCAUCACAGUAAAAGUACAUGAUUUGCCUGGACCACCAAAGGGACCAAUUAAACUGGACAAAAUAUCUCGUACUUUCAUUGAGUUCUCAUGGGAAGCUCCUGAAAAUGAUGGAGGUGUACCAAUCAAUAACUAUAUAGUAGAAAUAAGGGAAACUACUAGCCAGACAUGGGUAGAACUCUCCUCUUUGAUUAUUCGUACAACAUUUAAAGCAACUCGUUUAACAACAGGAAUUGAAUAUCAAUUCCGUGUCAAAGCCAAAAACAGAUAUGGUACAGGGCCUCCAUUAAUGUCAGAGGCAGUGGUUGCUGCAUAUCCAUUUAAGGUACCUGGGCCACCUGGAACACCCAAAGUUGUCACUUUCACUAAGGAUACAAUGACAAUUGGUUGGAAUGAGCCUGUUUCUGAUGGUGGAAGUGAGGUCAUUGGUUACCAUGUUGAAAGGAAAGAGAGGAACAGUAUUGUUUGGCACAGAAUUAGCAAGGCACUUGUGAUCGGAAAUCUGUUCAAAUCCACAGGACUAGAGGAUGGUGUGGCAUAUGAAUUCCGUGUGAUUGCUGAAAACAUAGCUGGAAUUGGAAAACCAAGCAAAGCUUCUGAACCAAUGCUCGCUCUUGAUCCAGUGGAUCCACCUGGUCAACCUGUACCAAUCCAUGUGUCCAAAAAUGCCAUUACUAUUCAGUGGACGAAGCCAGAGUAUGAUGGCGGAUUCAAGAUUACUGGCUAUACUGUCGAAAAGAGAGAUCUUUCAGCUGGGCGCUGGAUGAGAGCUAACUUUACAAAUAUAAUUGAAACCACUUUCACUAUAAGUGGUCUAACACAAGACGAAUCCUAUGAAUUCCGUGUACUUGCAAGAAAUUCAGCUGGUGCUGUUAGUAACCCAUCAGACCCAUCAGAUCCAAUUAUUUGCAAAGAUGACAUUGAAGAACCAAGGAUUAUGGUUGAUGCUCAAUUUAAAGAUAUUGUCCUUGUCAAAGCUAGAGAGAUGUUCAAACUUGAAGCUGAUGUUGCAGGCCAGCCAUUACCAUCUAUGGUUUGGACGAAAGAUGGAAAAGAUGUUGAAAACACAUCCAAACUACAGAUCAAAAUGACAGAACUUACAUCAGUCUUGAUCAACAAGGAUUCUGUCAGAAGGGAUGGUGGUACAUUUAUUCUGACAGCAACAAAUGUUGGUGGCUUUGCUAAGCAUGUUUUCAAUGUAAAGGUUCUUGAUAGACCAGGACCACCUAGGGGACCUCUGACAGUUUCCGAUAUUACAGCUGAAAAAUGUGUGCUAACAUGGAAUCCAUCUGCAGAUGAUGGCGGUGCAAACAUUGAACAUUAUGUUAUUGAAAAACGUGAGUCAAGCAGACUUGCUUGGACAAAUGUGGCAUCAGAAUUGCAGGUUAAUCAGUACCAAGUGACAAAGUUGCUCAAAGGAAAUGAAUACAUUUUCAGAGUUAUGGCUGUUAACAAGUAUGGUGUUGGAGAACCUCUUGAGUCUGAAGCAAUAAUUGCAGAAAAUCCAUAUGUACGACCAGAUCCUCCACAAACACCUGAGAUAACAGUGGUCACUAAGGAUUCAGUAGUCCUGUGUUGGGGUGCACCUGCUAGUAAUGGUGGAAGUGAAAUCACCAACUAUCGUAUUGAGAAAAGAGACAGGAUUAGUUUGCGUUGGAUAAAAUGCAACAAGAGGAAUGUUACUGACUUGCAUUUCAAGGUGACCGCUCUUGUUCCAGGCCAUGAAUAUGAAUUCAGAGUUUUUGCUGAAAAUGCAGCAGGAAUAAGUGAGCCAAGUCCUUCAUCACCAUUUGUCAAGGCCACAGAUGCUCUUUUCAAACCAGGUCCUCCUGGCAACCCUAGAGUCCUGGACACAACAAGUUCUUCCAUCACACUUGCAUGGAACAAACCAGUUUAUGAUGGUGGUUCUGAAAUUACUGGCUAUAUACUUGAGACCUGUCUCCCUGGAACUGAAGAGGACGAAUGGACAAUUGUCUCACCUAAACAUGGUGUAAAGGGGACAUCAUUUACAAUCACGAAUCUUAAAGAAAAUCAGGAAUACAAAAUUAAUGUGUCAGCUGCAAACAGCGAGGGUAUUGGAGAAGCAGCACCUGUACCAGGUUCACCUAAAGCAGAGGAACGACUCAUACCACCAGAGGUUGACCUUGAUGCUGACCUUCGUAAGAUAGUGAACAUCAGAGCAUGCAAUACACUAAGACUUUUUGUGCCAAUUAGAGGUAGACCAACACCAGAGGCCAAAUGGUCAAGAGAGAAUGAUGAACCUUUAGACAGAGCUACCAUUGAAACAACGUCAUCUUUUACAUCACUGGUUAUUGCCAAUGUGAAUAGGUUUGACAGUGGCAAAUACAAUUUGACUGUAGAAAACAGCUCUGGAACAAAGACUGUCUCUGUAAUAGUUAGAGUUCUAGAUACACCUGGAGCACCACAAAACUUAAAAAUAAGCCAGGUCACUAAAGAAUCUGUUUCACUUGUUUGGGAUCCUCCACUUAAUGAUGGUGGCACAAAAAUUAAGAAUUAUAUUGUUGAGAAGCGUGAGGCUACAAGAAAAGCAUAUGCUACAGUAAAUGCGAAUUGUCACAAAACUACUUACACAGUUGACCAGCUCCAAGAAGGAUGCAACUACUAUUUCAGAGUUCUGGCAGAAAAUGAAUAUGGCAUUGGUCUCCCUAUGGAGACUGGUGAAUCUGUUAAAGUGUCUGAGAAGCCACUUCCCCCUGGCAAAAUUACACUUCAGGAUGUUACAAAGACAAGUGUGACAUUAUCAUGGGAUAAGCCUGAACAUGAUGGUGGAAGCAGAGUGGUUGCAUAUGUUGUAGAGAUGCAGAGCAAAGGGAAUGAAAAAUGGACACAAGCUGUGAUUGUCAAGGUACCCGAAGCAGUUAUUACUGGGCUUGCACCUGGUGAAGAGUAUAUGUUCCGUGUUUCUGCAAGGAAUGAAAAGGGAACCAGUGAUCCUCGUCAAAUUGGUGUGCCUGUGAUUGCCAAGGACCUUGUAAUUGCUCCAUCUGCUAAGAUGUUGUUCUCCACAUUUAGUGUCCUGGCAGGAGAGGAUUUGACAGUUGAUAUUCCAUAUAAUGCUCGUCCCAAAGCUACUAUUUCAUGGCUAAAGGAAACAGUUCCACUUAAACGAACAACCAGAGUUAACUUUUCCUCUACGGAUACACAGCUGAAUUUAGUAAUCAAAGAAGCAUGUAGAGAUGAUGUUGGCCAGUAUAGUAUUAAACUAUCAAAUACAGCUGGUGAGACAAAAGUAGACAUUAGAAUCGUUGUUCUUGACAAACCUGGUCCACCAACAGGCCCUGUUAAAGUUGAUGAAGUAACAUCUGACAGUGUUAGCAUUUCUUGGAAGCCACCAGAGUAUAACGGGGGCUGCACCAUUAAUAAUUACAUAGUAGAAAAGAGGGACACAUCCACAACUAAUUGGCAGAUUGUAGCAGCAAAUCUAGCAAGAACUCAAAUUAAGGCAGGAAGACUGAAGGCAGGCUCUGAAUAUCAAUUCAGAAUUGCAGCAGAGAAUAGAUAUGGCAAAAGCCCUCUGCUUGUGUCUGAAUGUGUUGUUGCACAGUACCCGUACAAACUACCGGGCCCUCCUGGAACACCUUUCUUGCAGUCUUCCACAAAAGAUAGUAUGGUGAUAGUGUGGAAUGAACCUGUUAUUGAUGGUGGAAGCACAGUCUUAGGAUAUCACCUUGAGCGAAAAGAGAGAAAUAGCAUUCUUUGGAUGAAACUAAACAAAAGUAUAAUCCAAGACACAACUUUCAAGACAACAGGUCUUGAAGAAGGCAUGGAAUAUGAAUUCAGAGUUUAUGCUGAAAACAUUGUUGGCAUUGGGAAGGCUAGUAAGAUCUCAGAGGGCUAUACUGCUAGAGAUCCUUGUGAUCCUCCUGGAACACCAGAAGCAGUUAGAAUUACAAAGAAUUCUAUUGCAAUUGCAUGGACCAAGCCAGAGUAUGAUGGUGGAAGCAAAGUCACUGGAUAUAUUGUAGAAAAAAAAGAAUUGCCUGCAGGACGCUGGAUGAAAGCAAACUUCACCAAUGUCAUAGAGACUGAGUAUACUGCAACAGGUCUUACAGAGGACGAGAAAUAUGAGUUCCGUGUCAUUGCAAGAAAUGCUGCUGGAGUUUUCAGUGAUCCUUCAUAUAGUACUGGACCUGUCGUGGCAAAAGAUGAGAUUGAACCACCGCGUAUCAGCAUAGAUCCAGAGUACACUCAAACAAUUGUUGUAAAUGCAGGAGACAACUUCAAGGUUGAUGCAGAUAUUCAUGGAAAACCAACACCAUCAAUCUGUUGGAUGAAGGGUGAGCAGGAACUUGGAAACACCAUAUCUCGUGAAAUUAAAAGCACAGAUAGCUAUACCUGUUUGACUGUUAAGGAAGCCAAACUUGCUGAUGGAGGUCAAUAUACUCUACUGCUGAAAAAUCCAGGAGGAGAGAAAACGGUACAGGUCAAUAUUUGUGUCCUAGAUAAGCCAGGACCACCAGAGGGAUCCAUCUCUAUUACAGGUGUAACCAGUGAACAUUGCUGCCUUUCUUGGAAACCCCCUAAACAAGACGGUGGCAGCAAGAUCACUCAUUAUAUUGUUGAAAGGAGAGAGACUAGCAGACUACUUUGGACAGUUGUUGAACCCAAAGUCCAAGCUCUAAACCUUAAAAUAAUGAAACUCCUAGAAGGAAAUGAAUAUAUUUUCAGAGUUUUUCCAGUAAACAAAUUUGGUGUUGGUGAGCCCCUCCAAUCAAGUGCAGUUGUUAUAAAGAAUCCAUUUACACCUCCAGAUGCAGCAAAAGGAGUGGAAGUAUCUAAUGUCAAGAAAGAUUCAAUGGUCAUAACCUGGGAGGCCCCAACAAACGAUGGAGGUACUCCUAUCACUGGUUAUAUUAUUGAGAAACAUGACAAGGAAGGCAUUAGAUGGACCAGAUGCAACAUGAAAACAGUUACUAACCUCACAUUUAAAGUUAAUGGACUCCUGGAGACCCACCGCUACGAAUUCAGAGUUUCUGCUGAGAAUGCUGCUGGAGUUAGUGAGGCAAGUUCUGCAACUGUAUUCUAUAAAGCUCUAGAUCCUGUAUUCAAGCCAGGUCCACCACUUAAUCCAAAAGUGUUAGACAUGACCAAAUCAUCUGUUGUACUUGCAUGGGGAAAGCCUAUUUAUGAUGGUGGCUGUGAAAUCCAGGGAUAUAUUGUUGAGGCAUGUGUAGCAAAAGCAGCCAUAGAGGAAAUAAAGUCUCCAGGAGAAGAAGGAAAGGCAGUUGCAGAUGAAUGGACAAUGUGCACUCCACCAGCAGGUGUUAAACUGACACGCUUUAAUGUGGAAAAUCUGAAAGAAAAGCAGGAAUAUAAAUUCAGGGUUUGUGCAGUUAAUAAGGUUGGUGUUGGGGAGCAUGCUGAUGUUGCAGGGCCCAUUCUGCCAGAGGACAAAACUGAGGAACCAGAUCUUGAUAUUGAUGCUGAGUUUAGAAAGCUUGUACGUAUUAAAGCAGGAGGUUCUCUUAGGAUGUUCAUCCCUUUCAAAGGAAGACCAACACCACAAAUCAAAUGGGAAAAAGAUGGUGGGCAGAUUAAGGAAACAGCACAGACUGAGACCACCAGCAGUCACACUUCUCUUGUGAUUGAUAAAGUCAACCGGGCAGACAGUGGCAAAUAUACUGUUACUGCAGAAAACUCUGCUGGUACAAAAUCUGAAACAAUUAUUGUGAAAGUCCUUGACACACCAAGCGCUCCAAUCAACUUCAAAGUUAAAGAAAUUACAAAAGAAUCUGUUACUCUUACAUGGGAGCCUCCAAGUUUAGAUGGUGGAGCAAAGAUAAAAAAUUACAUUGUUGAAAAACGUGAGAGCACAAGAAAAACAUUCUCUGCCGUUGUCACAAAUUGCCACAAACUUUCUUGGAAAGUUGAACCACUUCAAGAAGGCUGCAGUUACUAUUUCAGAGUGCUUGCAGAAAAUGAACAUGGUAUAGGGCUACCUGCAGAUAUCACAGAUCCUUUGAAGGUUUCAGAGGUGCCACAAUGUCCUGGAAAAUUAAGUGUUGUAGAUGUUACUAAAACAAGUGUGUCUCUUUCUUGGGAAAAGCCCAUUCAUGAUGGUGGCAGUAGGAUUCUUCAAUACCUUGUAGAAAUGCAGGUCAAGGGUAAUGAUAAAUGGUCUGGAUGUGCCAAUGUAAAAACACUGGAAGCUGUAAUCAGUAAUUUGAACCCUGGAGAAGAGUACACUUUCAAAGUAAUUGCUAUCAAUGAAAAAGGAAAGAGUGACCCAAGAACACUUGCUGUCCCCGUGCAAGCAAAGGACCUUGUCUUUGGGCCUGAUGUAAGACCUGUGUUUAGCAACUACAGUGUUCUUGUCGGAAAGGACCUUCAAGUUGAAAUCCCAGUUUCUGGUCGUCCAAAGCCAAAGGUCACAUGGACAAAGGAUGGUGCAGCCCUCAAAUUCACAACAAGGGUUAAUAUUUCUAAUAAAGCACACAGCACUGUUCUUAGCAUCAAAGAAGCAGCCAGAGAAGAUGGUGGAAUGUAUGGAAUAAACGUGUCCAAUGCUGUUGGACAAAAGGAUGCAACCAUUGAAAUCAUCACUCUUGAUAAACCUGGCCCACCAACUGGCCCUGUGCGAUUUGAUGAGAUAACUGUUUCAAGCAUUACAUUGUCAUGGGAUGCUCCAAAGUAUACUGGUGGUUGCCCAAUUUCAAAUUAUAUUGUGCAAAAGAGAGAUACAACUUCUACAACAUGGGAGAAUGUUGCAAUUUCAUUAGCAAGAACAAAAUUUAAAGUACUACGACUGAAGACCGGUGCUGAAUAUCAAUUCAGAAUCAUUGCUCAGAACAGGUAUGGCAAGAGCUAUGCUCUGGACUCUUUGACUGUUGUUGCUCAGUAUCCAUAUAGAGAACCAGGACCACCAGGAACUCCAUUUGUAUCAUGCCUAUCAAAGGACCAUAUGGUUGUUGAGUGGAAUGAGCCUGUUUCAGAUGGAGGCAGCAGCAUUAUUGGAUAUCAUCUUGAAAGGAAGGAGAGAAACAGCAUUAUUUGGACAAAGAUAAAUAAGACACUGAUUCAAGAAACAAAAUUCAAAACCAGUCCUUUAGAGGAAGGUGUUGAAUAUGAGUUCAGAGUAUAUGCUGAAAAUAUCGUUGGCAUUGGCAGAUGCAGCAAAAUCUCAGAGGGCUUUGUUGCUCGUGAUCCAUGUGAUCCUCCUGAAACCCCAGAAGCUGUCCAUGUGACAAAAAAUUCAAUAACUAUCCAAUGGACAAAACCAGAGUAUGAUGGUGGAAGUGUUAUCACUGGUUAUACUGUUGAGAAACGUGAUCUUCCUGAAGGACGCUGGAUGAAAGCAAGUUUCACAAAUGUUAUUGAAACCAAUUUUACGGUCACUGGGCUGACAGAAGGUGCCAAGUACGACUUCAGGGUAAUUGCAAAGAAUGCAGUUGGCACUAUCAGCAAACCAUCAUACAACAGUGGACCUAUUGCUGCAUUGGAUGAAGUAGAGCCACCAAAGUUCUCAAUUGACCCAGAAUACACUCAGACUCUAAUUGUGAAUGCAGGUGAUACAUUCAAACUUGAUGCUGAUGUCCAUGGUAAGCCACUUCCUGCAAUCCAGUGGUUUAAGAAUGACAAGGAGCUUGAAAACACAAUUAGAUGUGAUAUCAAGAACACUGACAACAGAGCAUUGAUAAUAGUAAAAGAUGCGGUCAGACAAGAUGGUGGAAACUACACUCUUCAGCUCACUAAUGUUGCUGGAUCUCAGACCGUUCAAUUCCAUGUGAAAGUACUUGAUAAACCAGGUCCACCAGAAGGGCCUCUUCAUGUCACAGGCGUGUCCAGUGAUAAAUGCACACUGAUAUGGCGUGCGCCACUAGAUGAUGGAGGAAACACUAUCACUCAUUACAUUAUUGAGAGACGUGAGACAAGUCGACUUGCUUGGACUGUGGUCUGUAAUGAUUGCAAAACUACAACAUACAAAGUGACAAAGCUCCUGGAAGGUAAUGAAUAUAUAUUCCGUGUCAUGGCUGCGAACAGUUACGGUAUUGGUGAGCCAUUUGAAGCACCAUCCGUAAUAAUGAAAGAUCCAUUUAGUCACCCUGGAUCACCACAAAUUAUUGAGGUAACAAAUAUUGCAAAGGACUCUAUGACUAUUUGCUGGAGUACUCCAGAUUCUGAUGGUGGAAGUGAAAUUAUUGGAUACAUUAUUGAGAAGAGAGACAGAUCUGGAAUUAGAUGGACAAGAUGCAACAGACAAAAAGUAACUGAUGUAUGCUUCAGAGUGCAUGGCCUAAUUGAGGAUCAUGAGUAUGAAUUCAGAGUGUCAGCUGAAAAUGCAGCUGGAAUUGGAGAACCAAGCUUGCCAACUUCAUACUUCAAGGCUUGUGAUCCCAAAUACAAACCUGGCCCACCUAUGCAUGCACACGUUGUUGAUACCACCAAGACUUCAAUUACAGUGGCAUGGGGAAAACCCCUUAAUGAUGGAGGAUGUGCAAUUCAAGGAUAUAUUGUAGAGAUCUGCAAAGCUGAAGAGGAAGAAUGGACUAUGUGCACUCCCCCUACUGGCUUACGUGUCAACAAAUUUGAAAUUGCUAAGCUAACAGAACAAAAAGAAUAUAAAAUUCAAAUAUGUGCCAUCAAUAAAUUAGGUGUUGGAGAACCUGCAGUCAUUCCAGGAACUGCCAAGCCUGAGGACAAGCUGGAGACCCCUGAAAUUCACCUCGAUUCAGAGCUAAGGAAAGGCAUUGUUGUUCGUGCUGGGGGAUCAGUAAGAAUCAAUGUACCAUUCAAAGGUAGACCAAUACCAGAUAUCAAAUGGACUAAAGAUGAAGGUGAACUGUCAGAAAAGACAGUGCUUGAAAAGAGUCUUAACUUCACCCAACUUUCAAUUGACUCCUGUGAUAGAAGGGAUUCUGGAAAAUACACAGUUACUCUACAGAACAGCAGUGGCUCUGUCUCUGAAUUUGUGGCUGUUAAAGUGUUAGAUACACCUGGAGCACCACUAAACCUUGUAGUUAAGGAUAUCAAGAAGGACUCUGUUACACUUGUUUGGGAACCACCACUUAUUGAUGGAGGUGCAAAGAUCAAGAAUUAUAUUGUUGACAAGCGUGAAUCCACAAGAAAAGCCUAUGCAAAUAUAACAACCAAGUGCAGCAAAACAACUUAUAAGGUAGAAAAUCUUGCAGAAGGGGCCAUGUAUUAUUUCAGAGUAAUGGCUGAAAAUGAAUAUGGUGUUGGUUUGCCGGUUGAAACAAAAACUGCUUCAAAGGCAUCUGAAGUACCUCAGCCAGUUGGAAAGGUGAUGCUGACAGAUGUGACAAAAGUCAGUGCAUCUCUGACCUGGGAAAAGCCAGAGCAUGACGGAGGUAGUAGGAUUGCGGGCUACUUAAUUGAAAUGCAGCCAAAAGGUACUGACAAAUGGGGUGUAGCAGCAAAUGUAAAAACGUGUGAAGGAACAGUCACUGGACUGACUGGCGGUCAGGAAUAUUUGUUCCGUGUUUUGGCAUACAACGAGAAAGGCAAAAGUGAGCCAAAGCCCCUUGCUGCUCCAGUUAUUGUCAAUGACCUCACAAUUGAACCAAGCCUAAAGUUGCAGUUCAACACAUAUAGUGUCAAAUCUGGAAAGGAUUUCAAACUUGAAAUACCUAUUUUUGGACGUCCAAAACCAAAGAUCACUUGGUCAAAGGAUGGACAGUCACUUAAAGUAACAUCCAGAGUUACUACUUCCAAUACACCAACAUCCACAAUCCUGCAAAUUACUGAAGCCUGUAAAGAUGACCUUGGAAAGUAUACAGUUACUGCAACAAACAGUGUUUGUGCAGUUAAAGAAGAUAUCAGUAUCAUAAUCCUGGAUAAACCUGGUCAACCCUCAGGACCAAUAAAAGUGAAUGAAGUGAGCAACAAUUCUGUUUCCGUCUCAUGGGAACCUCCGGAGUAUACAGGAGGCUGCCAAGUAAAGCAUUACAUUGUUGAAAAGCGAGACACCACUGAAACUACUUGGCAAGUUGUUGCUGGAUCAGUUGCCAGGACAUCUCUCAAAAUUACCAAGCUGAAAACAGGUGCUGAGUAUCAGUUUAGAGUCGUUGCUGAGAACAGAUAUGGUAAGGGUGCUCCUUUGGAUUCAAAAACCAUUGUUGUGCAAUAUCCUUACAAACCACCUGGGCCACCUGGUACUCCAUAUGUGAAAUCUGCCACCAAGGAUCAAAUGAUAAUUGAGUGGAAUGAACCAGUCAGUGAUGGUGGCAGUUCAGUGUUUGGAUACCAUCUUGAGAGCAAAGAAAGAACAAGUAUUAUAUGGACAAAACUAAACAAAACCCUCAUUACUGAUACUGUUUUCAAAAUAUGCAAUCUUGAAGAAGGCAUUGGAUAUGAAUUUAGGGUAUAUGCUGAAAACAUUGUUGGUAUUAGCAGAGCAAGCAAAGUUUCAGAGAGCUUUGUUGCCCGUGACCCAUGUGAUCCACCCGGAACGCCUGAGGCUGUUGGAAUAUCAAAGGACCAUAUUAAGAUUCAGUGGACAAAGCCUCAAUAUGAUGGUGGCAGCAAAGUGACUGGAUAUAUUGUUGAGAGAAGAGAUUUGCCUGAGGGCAGAUGGAUGAGGGCAAAUUUUACCAAUGUAAUUGAGAAAGAAUUUACAAUCACAGGCUUAACAGUAAACAAUCAAUAUGAAUUUAGAGUAAUUGCAAGAAAUGCAGUGGGUGUCUUCAGUGAGCCUUCAGACAGCACUGGACCAAUUACUGCUACAGAUGAAAUUGAACCUCCUAGUGUUUCAAUGGAUCCUAAGUAUAAGGACGUAAUUGUUGUCAAUGCUGGAGCCAACAUAGUUUUGGAUGCAGAUAUACAUGGUAAACCCACACCUGAUAUUCAGUGGCUAAAAGAAGAAAAGGAAAUGGAUAAGACAUUGCGUAUUGAAUUAAGAAGUACACAAAAAUAUGCUUCUAUUACAAUAAAAGAUUGUACAAGAUUGGAUGGUGGACACUAUGACCUUUUAUUAAGCAACAGUGGUGGAACAAAAACAAUUCCAAUAACAGUAAAAGUUCUUGACAGGCCAGGUCCACCAACCGGACCACUACGAGUGACUGGCGUCAUGUCUGACAAAUGUCAUCUGUCCUGGUCUGAGCCCUCUCAGAAUGGUGGAGCUAAUAUUUCUCAUUACAUCCUUGAGAAAAGGGAAACUAGCAGACUAUCAUGGACUGUUGUUGAUUCUAACAUUCCUACUGUGAAUUAUAAAGUGACCAAGCUCUUGCCAGGUGAUGAGUAUAUCUUUAGAGUUAUGGCUGUCAACAAAUAUGGCAUUGGUGAAUCUCUGGAGUCUGAGGCAAUUAUUGCACGCAAUCCAUACAAGCCACCAAGUGCGCCAUCAACACCAGAAGCAAGUGAGAUAACAAAGGAUUCAAUAACUCUAUCAUGGAAUGCCCCAGAGAGCAAUGGUGGAGCAGAAAUUACGGGUUAUCACUUAGAGAAGCGUGACAAAGAUGGUGUGAGGUGGACAAAAUGCAACCGACAGAAGCUGACCAAUCUGCAUUUCAAAGUAACUGGUCUGUCAGAGGGACAUUUCUAUGAGUUCCAUGUGUCUGCUGAAAAUGAAUCUGGUGUGGGAGAAUUUAGUGACCUAUCUCUAUUUUAUAGAGCAAUAAAUGCCACAACUCCCCCAGGUCCACCUCAUCAUCCUAAAGUGAUAGAUCACACAAGCUCAUCUGUCUCUCUGUCUUGGGGAAAACCUGCUACAGAUGGUGGUGCAUAUAUUAAAGGUUAUAUUGUUGAGAUGAAAGAUGUUUCUUCAGAGGAAUGGAUCGUAUGCACACCUCCAGCUGGUAUUCAAGCAACACGCCUCACAGUUGAAAACCUGAAAGAAAAUGUUGAAUAUAAUUUCCGUGUUUGUGCAAUUAAUUCUGAAGGAGUUGGUGAACCUGCUGAUGUUCAUGGAUCUGUGACUGCAUCUGAAAAGAUUGAAGCACCUGAAAUUGAACUUGAUGCUGACCUCAGGAAAGUUGUCUCUGUUCGUGCAGGAGGAUCCCUUCGUCUUUUCAUUACAAUUAGAGGUCGACCUGAGCCAUCCAUCAAAUGGGAAAAGGAGGAUGGAACUCUAACUGAGCGUGCUCAGAUUGAGUCAACCAGUUCAUACACCAUGCUUGUAAUUGACAAUGUCAAUAGAUUUGACAGUGGAAAAUAUGUCUUGACUCUUGAGAACAAGAGUGGCACAAAAUCUGCAUUUGUUAAUGUCAGGGUGCUUGAUACACCAAGUUCUCCACAGAAGUUUGAAGUGAAAGAUGUAAAGAAAGAUUCAGUGACUCUCUGCUGGUACCCACCACUUACAGAUGGUGGGGCUAAAAUAACCAAUUAUGUUGUUGAGAAGCGAGAAUCUACAAGGAAAGCUUAUACAACUGUCACAAGCAACUGCACACAGACGUCCUUUAAAGUGGAUGAACUGCAGGAAGGAGGCAUUUUCUACUUCCGUGUAUGUGCUGUUAAUGAGUAUGGCUUUGGUGUGAUGGCAGAAACAAAGAAUCCUAUUAAGGUUGCACAGGUACCUAUGCCUCCAGGAAAAGUAACUCUUGUGGAUGUCACAAAGAAUUGUGUUACACUUACUUGGGUUAAGCCUGUCCACGAUGGAGGCAGUAAAAUCAUCUGCUACAAUGUAGAGAUGCAACCCAAGAGUAGUGACAAAUGGGGUGUAAGCUGCACAGUUAAGGUUCCAGAGGCUACUGUGAGCAACCUCACACCUGGUGAAACAUACUCAUUCAGGGUUAUAGCAUUGAAUGAGAAGGGCAAGAGUGAGCCUCAAGAACUUGGUGUACCUGUUGUAGCUAAAGAUAUUGAGAUUGAACCCUCUGUUCACCUGCUGUUCAAUACAUACAGUGUUAAGGCUGGAAAUGAUCUUACUGUGGAAGUUCCUGUGAGAGGCAGGCCUAAGCCAGUUGUCUCUUGGAAGAAGGAUGGCCUUCCUUUGAGGCAAACAACCUCUCUUUCAAUUGUCAACACGAUGGUGUCAAGCAAAAUCAUCAUCAAAGAAGCUGCUAUUGAGCAUGUUGGUAAAUAUGAAAUCAGCCUUGCUAAUACAGCAGGCACCAAGUCCACAGACAUUGGUGUUGUUGUUCUUGAUAAACCUGGGCCACCAGCUUCCGUAAAGGUUGAUGAUGUGACUUCUGACAGUAUUACAUUGUCAUGGGCCCCUCCAGAAUAUGAUGGUGGAUGCUCCAUCAAUAAUUACAUUGUUGAGAAGAGAGAUACUAACACAACAGAGUGGCAGAUUGUUUCAACAAAUGUUGCCAGAACCUCAGUCAAAGUACCUCGAUUGACACAGGGUUCUGAGUACCAGUUCCGCAUCUAUGCAGUGAAUCGCUAUGGAAAGGGUAAGCCAAUUGACUCUCCGGGAAUUACUGCAGAGUACACAUUCAAACAGCCUGGGCCACCUUCUACACCCCGUGUAGCUCAUGCCACCAAGGUCUUCAUGCUUGUCACAUGGAAUGAGCCAGUUAAUGAUGGUGGUAGCACAGUCCUUGGCUAUCAUUUAGAACGCAAGGAGAGAAGCAGUAUUCUUUGGACAAAGGUGAACAGGACAAUUAUCAAGGAUACUGAAUUCAAAGUAACUGGCAUUGAGGAAGGCAUGACAUAUGAAUUCCGUAUCUAUGCUGAAAAUAUUGCUGGAAUUGGGAAAGCAAGCAAAGUCAGUGAGCCCAUAGCUGCACGAGAUCCUUGUGAUCCUCCUAGUCAGCCUGUAGUAACUAGCAUUACCAAAUCCUCUGUAUCUCUUUUUUGGACCAAGCCUGAGUAUGAUGGUGGAGCCAAAGUUACUGGCUACAUAAUUGAAUGUAGAGAUCUCCCAGAGGGUCGCUGGAUAAGAUGCAAUUUUACUAAUGUUAUAGAGACUUGUUUUGAUGUUACUGGCCUAACAUUGGAUGAGAAGUAUGAUUUCCAUGUCAUCGCAAAGAAUGCUGCUGGACUAUUCAGUGAGCCAUCUGACAACACUGGUCCUAUUACAGUUAAAGAUAAUGUAGAUCCACCACGUAUUAUGAUGGAUGUCAAGUUCAAGGAUGUUGUGGUAGUAAAAGCUGGGGAUACCCUGAAGAUUAAUGCUGACAUUGCAGGGCGCCCACUUCCAGUUGCAUCUUGGUUAAAAGAUGGGCGUGAAAUUGAACAGAAGGCAAGAAUUCAGAUAACUGGAACAGAUACUAGUACUAUGAUAGUUGUUAAAGACUGCAAAAGGAGUGAUUCUGGACAGUACUCUUUGACUUUACAGAAUGUUGCAGGAAGUGUCACGACACCAGUAAACUGUGUUAUUCUGGAUAAACCAGGACAUUCAGCAGGACCACUAUCAGUAACAGGCAUCACAGCAGAGGAAUGCACAUUGUCAUGGGGACCACCACAAGAAAUUGGUGGCUCUGAAAUAACACAUUAUGUUGUUCAGAAACGAGAGACCAGUCGAUUGGCAUGGACACUUGUACAUGGAGAGGUCAAAACCACAACAUUCAAGGUCACUAAGCUCCUAAAAGGAAAUGAGUACAUAUUCAGGGUAUUAGCUGUCAACAAGUUUGGACUUGGUGAAGCCCUUGAAAGUGAAAUGGUCAAGGUCACUGAACCAUACACUACCCCUGCAGCUCCAACAAAUGUUGAAAUUACAAGCGUGACCAGUGAGGAAAUGAGGCUAACAUGGGCAAAGCCUGCAUCUGAUGGAGGCAGUGAGAUCCUUGGAUAUGUAAUUGAAAGGCGAGAUAAAUCUGGUCUUCACUGGGUCCGUGUGAACAGGGACAUUGUGAAAGACCUAACAGCUGUGAUAUCAAAAGUAAGAAGAGGAUGUGAGUAUGAGUUUAGAGUUUAUGCUGAAAAUGCAGCAGGCUUGAGUCUAGCCAGUGACCCAUCUCCUUCAGCAAGGGCAGAGGAUGAACUUUUGGUACCAUCCCCACCAACUAAACCUAAGAUUCUGGAUCAUACCAAGAAUUCAAUUACUAUUGCCUGGAAAAAGCCAUUAUCUGAUGGUGGUGCACAGAUCCUUGGAUACAGUGUAGAAUAUAAGAAAUCUGAGGAUGAGGAAUGGAUUGUGGCUAUUCAGAUGACAAAAAGCAAUGAAUUCACAGUUUCUGGUCUUACAACUGACGUGGAGUAUGUAUUUGCUGUUAAAGCAGUUAACAAACUUGGUGUCAGUGAACAGUCACCUGUCUCUGAGCCACAGUCAGCAACGGAGAGAAAGGAGGAACCUGUAUUUGACGUUGACAUUGAGAUGCGAAAAACUUUAAUUGUCAAGCAUGGCAAUUCAUUUACUUUGACGGCUCUGUUUAAAGGAAAGCCAGUACCUUCAGUUACAUGGAAUAAAGAGGAGGUUGAUCUAAAAGCAAGGGCAAGCAUAGAAACAACAGAAACAUGCACAUCUAUUACUAUUGAGAAAGCAACAAGAAAUGACUCUGGACAAUACAUUGUUACUUUGGACAAUGGUGUUGGAACAGCAUCUUUGCCAAUGGUGGUCAAAGUCCUUGAUACCCCUGGACCACCAACUAAUGUGAAAAUUACAGAAGUCACAAAAGAUUCUGCAACAGUUACUUGGGAGCCUCCAGAGAAUGAUGGAGGAGAUGCUGUUAAGGCUUAUCAUGUUGAGAAACGUGAAGCAAGCAAAAAGGCCUGGGUAUGCGUAACAAGCAACUGCCACAGUCUGAUAUACAAGGUUGAAGACUUGCAAGAAGGUGCAAUUUACUAUUUUAGAGUCGCUGGAGAAAAUGAGUUUGGAUCAGGUGUACCUGUUGACACUAAAGAUGGAACCAAGAUUACAGAAAAACCAAGUCCACCUGUUAGACUUGGUGUUACUGCGAUAACAAAAAAUAGCAUCACCAUUGCAUGGUCAAAACCAGAGUAUGAUGGUGGAAGCCGAAUUACCAGCUACCUCAUUGAUGCCCUUGAAAAGGGCCAACAGAAGUGGGUUAAAUGUGCCACUGUUAAAGCCAACACCCACAUAAUUAAGGGCCUAAGGGAAAAUGCAGAAUACUUAUUCAGAGUUCGUGCUGAGAAUCACGCUGGACUUAGUGAACCAAAAGAAAUGAUUAUCCCUGUGGUUGUGAAAGAUCAACUGGAUGCCCCUGAAUUUGAUAUGAAAAAUUUCCCACACAACACUGUUUAUGUGAGAGCAGGAUCAAAUCUUAAAUUUGAGCUUCCUCUCUCUGGUAAACCAAUGCCAAAAGUCACGAUGUCAAGAGGGAACGCUCCAGUUAAGUGCGGCAAGAGAUUCAGCUUUGAAGUAACCCCAGAAAGUCUUAAUAUCAACCUCAAGGAAAGUAUUGCAAGUGAUGCUGGAAGAUAUGACAUUGUUGCCUCAAACACAAGUGGAACCACCAAGAUGUUUGUAAACAUACUGGUCCUGGAUAGACCAGGUCCUCCCAUUGGACCUAUUGAAGUUAGUGAUGUGGGAGAGACAAGCUUGUGUCUCAAAUGGCUCCCACCCGUGUAUGAUGGUGGCAGUCCUGUUACAAACUAUGUUGUUCUUAAACGUGAAACAAGUACUCCAGCCUGGACAGAAGUGUCAUCCACAAUUGCAAGAAGCUCAAUUAAAGUCACCAAACUUACAAAGGGAGAAGGAUACCAGUUCAGGGUUAAAGCUGAGAAUCGCUUUGGCAUCAGUGAUCACAUUGAUUCUCAUUCAGUUACAGUGAAGCUUCCAUACACUAUCCCUGGACCACCAUCAACACCAUGGCUUGGUUAUGUGUCAAGGGAGAGCCUCACUGUUUGUUGGAAUGAGCCAGUAUUAGAUGGAGGAAACCCAGUGGUUGGAUACCAUGUCCAAAUGAAAGAAAGAAGCAGCAUUCUUUGGCAGACGGUGAACAAAACAGCAAUCCCUGCAACUCAAAUUAGAGUGACAAAUAUAUGUCCUGGAAUGAUUUACGAAUUCAAGGUAGCUGCAGAAAAUGCAGCUGGUAUUGGAAAGUUCAGCAAGACAUCAGAAGAAGUGCUAGCAAUUGAUGCCUGCGAACCACCGGCAAAUGUGAGAAUUUCUGAGGUUACAAAAAAUUCACUUAGCCUUAUAUGGCAGAAGCCUCCAUUUGAUGGUGGAAGCAAAAUCACUGGCUACAUGGUUGAGCGAAGAGAUGCUCCAAAUGGCAGAUGGACAAAGGCAAACUUUACCAAUGUCAUUGAUACUAACUUCACUGUGUCAGGCUUGACUCAGGAUCAGGCAUAUGAAUUAAGGAUUUUUGCCAAGAAUGCAGUUGGCUCGAUCAGCAACCCAUCUCUAAUUGCAGGACCAGUAACUUGUGUUGACAUUUCUGGUGCUCCAGUAAUUGACCUGCCCCCAGAGUAUUUGGAUGUUGUGCAAUACAAAGCUGGUACAUCAUUCAAAAUCAAAGUGGGAAUAUUUGCCAAACCCUUGCCAACUAUUGAAUGGCUUAAAGAUGAAAAGGAGCUAGUGUCAAGUGCACAGCUGUCAAUUGAGAACACAACUGACUCAUCUUCCAUCCUCAUUAAGGAUGCUACUCGUCUUAAUACUGGAACCUAUGAGCUCAAAAUUAAAAAUGUGUUUGGCACAGCAUCUGCUUCUAUCAGAAUACAGAUUUUAGACAAACCUGGACCUCCAGCUGGACACAUUGAAUUCAAAUCAGUCACUGCUGACAAGAUAACAAUUGCAUGGGAACCAGUGGCUGAUGAAGGAGGUGCCAAAUUAACUCAUUACAUUGUAGAAAAACGAGAGACAAGUAGAGUAGUGUGGUCCACAGUUUCUGAAGCAAUGGAAGCACGUACUGUCACAGUCCAAAAGUUGGCCAGAGGAAAUGAAUACAUAUUCCGUGUCAGAGGUGUUAACAAAUUUGGAGCUGGAGAUGCUCUGGAGUCUGAGCCUGUAAUUGCCAAAAAUUCAUUCGUUUCUCCUGGACAACCUUCUACACCUGAAGCAACAGAUAUCACGAGAACAUCAAUGCAAAUUGUUUGGGAUAAACCUAGUGUGGAUGGUGGUAGCAUGGUUACAGGAUACUAUCUGGAGAGACGUAACAAGAAGAGCCUGCGCUGGGUAAAAGUGUACAAGGACCCCAUUAGUGACACCAAAGCAAAAGUCCAUCAUCUCACAGAAGGAAAUGAAUAUCAGUAUCGUGUAUGUGCAAUCAAUAAAGCUGGGGAAGGUCCAUCCUCAGAUGUUUCUGACUUCUACAAAGCUGCUGAUCCAGUUGACCCACCAUGUGAACCAACUAAGCUCAAGGUAGUGGACUCGACUAAAACAUCAAUUACACUUGGAUGGUCAAAGCCAGAGUAUGAUGGAGGCAGCGAAAUCACCAGCUAUGUUGUAGAAAAAAGAGUUGGUGAGGAAGGGGAGUGGACAGUGAUUAGCCAUAAGGGAGAAGUGAGAACCACAGAGUAUGUUGCCUCAGAUCUUAAACCAGAUAUUGACUACUACUUCCGUGUAUCUGCUGUUAAUUGUGCUGGACGUGGAGACCCAAUAGAAAUGGAAGAGGCAGUACAAGCCAAAGACAUUCUUGAGGAAGCCCAUGUUGAUACGGAUGUUGCAAUGAGGACUCACUACAUUGUGAAAGCUGGUAAAGAUGUUGAAAUCAUGGUGCCCCUGAAAGGCAGACCUGCUCCAAGUAUCUCUUGGAAGAAGGAAGACCAGAACAUUGACAAUGAUCCUAAAUAUGACAUUCACAACACAGACACGUCAUCGUGUCUCAUAAUUACACAAGUAACUCGAAACGACACUGGUAAAUACACCAUUAAUAUAUCAAAUGGUGUAGGAGAACCAAAGUCCUUAACUGUGUCUGUUAAAGUACAGGACACUCCAGCUGCUUGUAAGAAUUUGAUCUUAAAAGACGUCACUCGUGGGAAAGUUACACUUUGCUGGGAGUCUCCUCUAUUGGAUGGUGGUGCUGAAAUUACCAAUUUUGUUGUUGAGAAAAGAGACUCUUCAAAGCGUACAUAUGCCUGUGUAACAAAUAAGUGCAAAGAAACCACAUGCGUAAUUGAAGAACUCUCUGAGAAAGCAUCAUUCUUCUUCCGUGUAUUAGCAGAAAAUGAAAAUGGAGUUGGAGAUCCAUGUGAAACAGCAGAGCCCGUUAAAGCCACAGAGACACCAGGACCAGUCAAAGACCUUUCUAUGAAAGAUUCCACAAAGACUUCAGUAACACUACAAUGGAACAAACCAGAUUAUGAUGGUGGUAGCAUUAUUACAGACUACCUAAUUGAAAAGAAACUCCAAGGUCAAGAAGAAUGGGCCCCUGCUGGCACAAACAAGCACUGUGAACAUGAAGUUACAAAGCUUAAGGAACUCACUGAAAUGUUUUUCAGAGUUUGUUCUAAGAAUGAAAAGGGUACUAGUGACUUUGUUGAAAUCGGAUCAAUUAAAGUAAAGGACUACAUUAUCCCACCAGAAGCAAACCUUAAAGAGUAUCCUGAUGGACAAAUCAGUGUACGUCUGGGACACAAUGUCCACAUUGAAUUGCCAUACAAGGGUAAACCAAGACCAACCAUUCUUUGGUUAAAGGACAAUUUACCACUGAAGGAGAGUGAAAAAAUCCGCUUCAAGAAGACUGAAAACAAAGCCACUCUAAUGAUAAAAAAUGUGGAGAAAGAGAAUGGAGGCAAAUACACACUUACUCUUGACAACACAUUCUUCAGAAAAUCAUUUCAUAUACAGGUUAUUACCCUCGGACCACCCACUAAACCUGUUGGACCCAUCCGCUUGGAUGAGGUCAGAGCAGAAAGUAUAGCUAUAUCUUGGGAUGAGCCAAAUGAUAAUGGGGGUGGAGAAAUCACUUGUUACACUGUUGAGAAACGUGACACCUCUCAGACAGACUGGAAAAUGGCUUGUUCAAGUGUGAUUGGAACAUCAUUUAAGGUACCCAGUCUGAUCAAGGGAAUUCAAUAUCAGUUCAGAGUCUGUGCAGAAAAUAGAUAUGGUGCAAGUGAACCUGUAGUUUCUCAAAAUGUCAUUGCCAAGCAUGAGUUCAGACCACCUGGCCCACCAGGCAUGCCAUUGGUUUACAAUGUUACAAAUGAUGGCAUGACUAUUCAGUGGGAUGCACCUAUCUUUGAUGGAGGUUGUCCAAUCCUUGGGUUCCAUGUUGAAAAGAAGGAGAAGAACAGCAUAAUGUGGCAAAAGGUCAACAUAGUCUUGGUGAAAGAAAGGGAGUACAGGAUUCUAGGUCUCAUUGAAGGCUUGGAAUAUCAGUUCAGAGUCUAUGCCCAGAAUGAUGCUGGAUACAGUCGCAUGAGUGAUGCAUGCAAACCUGUAAUGGCUGUUUCUCCAGUUGAUCCUCCUGGUACCCCUGACUAUGUUGAUGUAACAAGUGAAUCAGUUAAACUGAAAUGGGAAGCACCCAAGCGUGAUGGUGGAAGCAAAAUUGUUGCCUAUAAUGUGGAGAAACGACAGGGCAAAGGACGGUGGUUAAAGAGCAAUUUUUCAAAUGUGACUGACACAGAAUUUACAGUGACUGGUCUUGCUUGCGGUGAACGCUAUGAAUUUAGAGUCAUAGCAAGAAAUGCUAUCGGUACAGUGAGCCCACCCUCUCAGUCUUCUGGAUAUAUCUUAGUCAGAGAUGAGAGCUUUGCUCCAAACAUUGAGUUUGGACAGGAAUACUUUGAGGGAGUGUCUAUUAAAGCUGGAGAAAACAUCAGGCUAAAAGUAACAAUCAUUGGAAGACCAACACCAAAAGUUACCUGGUACAGAGAUAAUAUUGAAUUAACCAAGAAAAUGGUUGAUAUCACAACAAUUUCUGGAUCAAGUACCCUCUUUAUCAGAGAUGCUGACCGUAGUCACCGUGGUCUUUAUACUGUGGAAGCCAUAAAUCCCUCAGGAGCUAAAAAGGAAUCAGUGAAAGUUGAAGUCUUUGAUACACCUGGUGAACCUGUUGGACCAAUCACAUUCUCAGAUAUCUCUGAGGGCAAAGUAACACUUUCAUGGAAUCCACCUGAGAAUGAUGGCUGUUCUGAGGUCACUCAUUACAUUGUUGAGAAGCGUGAAACCUCUAAAAUUUCAUGGGCACUUGUUACGGAUGAGUGCUUGGCAUGCACAUACAUUGCCACCAAACUGAUCAAGACAAAUGAGUAUCAGUUCCGUGUUUCUGCAGUCAAUAGGUUUGGUGUUAGCAGACCACUGGAUUCAGCUCCCGUGAUUGCACAGAUGCAAUACACUGUUCCAGAUUCUCCUGGAACUCCAGAUGCAACAGAUGUUGACGGGGAGAGUAUCACAAUCAGCUGGGCUCCACCAACACAUGAUGGUGGAAACCCAAUAAAAUAUUACAUUGUUGAAAGACGUGAAAAGAAAACUGGUCGCUGGCUGAAAGUCAUAACAAGGAAACCCAUUGUUGAGGCUGCACACAGAGUGACUCAUCUCACUGAGUAUGUGGAAUAUGAAUUCCGUGUGUAUGCUGUAAAUGAUGCUGGAAUUGGAGCACCAAGCAACAUUUCAAUGCCUAUUAAAUGUGCAGAGCCAACUGAAGAACCUGAUGCCCCAUCUAUUGUCAAUGUUACUGACACUACCAAUACAUCUGUCAGCUUGGAAUGGACCAGACCUGCCUAUGAUGGUGGUAUGGAAAUCCAUGGCUACAUUAUUGAGAUGUGCAAGGGAUCUGAACAGGAAUGGCACAGAGUCAAUGAGGAUCUUUGUCCUGUCACAAAAUACAAUGUCACUGGUUUGGAAACUGGUGCAGAGUACAAGUUCCGUAUUUGUGCAGUCAAUUCUGUUGGAAAGGGUGAAGCCAAAGAAAUACCUGACUCUGUACAGGCAGUAGACAGGCUCUUGGCACCAGAAAUUGACAUAGAUGCAUCCUUCAAACAGACACAUAUUGUGAAAAGUGGUGGAAGUGUAUGUAUCUGUAUUGCCUUUAAGGGAAAGCCAACACCUACAGCUUCCUGGACAAAAGUAGAUGGAGAACUUGGUGUUAUGACAGACAUCACCACCACUGAGACAGUCACAGCCUUGACACUGGAAAACUGCACUAGAAAUGAUACUGGAAAAUAUACUCUCACUCUUGAGAACAGUAGUGGCAAUAAAUCUAUCACUAUUGCAGUCAAAGUGUUGGACACACCUGGUGUACCAGGGGCUCUCUCAAUCAAGGAAGUCACAAGAGGAGCUCUCACAAUUGCUUGGAAACCUCCUACCAAUGACGGUGGCGCACGUGUGCAUCAUUACAUUGUUGAGAAACGUGAGGCAAGCCGUCGUACAUGGACAGAGGCAGCACCCAAGACCACUCAAACAAGCUUGAGAGUUUCUGAUCUCCUGGAAGGUGUACCUUAUUUCUUCAGAGUCGUGGCUGAGAAUCAGUAUGGUCUUGGUGAAGCGUAUGAAAUGCCUGAUCCAGUUAUUGCCACAGCUGAACCUGCUCCACCAAAGAGAGUUGAUAUCAUUGAUACAACUGACACAUCAGCAACCCUGGUCUGGCUUAAGCCAGAGCAUGAUGGAGGAAGCCGUAUCACAGGCUAUUGUGUGGAAUCCAAGGCAAAAGAUGCAGAUAAAUGGAUUGUUUGUGGUACAACGAAAAACCUAAGCCUCGUAAUUGAAGGACUUAUAGAGAACGGUGAGUAUGAAUUCCGUGUCAAGGCAAAGAAUGAUUCUGGGUUCAGUAUGCCAAGAGAAGCUUUCUCAUCAGUCAUCAUUAAAGAGCCACGGAUUGAACCUACUGCUGAUCUCAGUGGUAUCACCAACCAACUCAUUACUAGCAGGAUUGGCGAAUCUUUUGAGAUUGAUGUUCCAAUUAGUGGAAGACCAGCUCCAAAGGUAUCCUGGAAGCUUGAGGAAAUGAGGCUGAAAGAAACUGACAGGGUUUCAAUCAAAACUACCAAAAACAGGACCACUCUCAAAGUUAAAGAUUGCAUGAGAGGUGAUGGAGGCAGAUAUUUCCUCACUCUUGAGAAUGUCACUGGGUCAAAGACUUUCACAGUCACUGUCAAUGUUAUUGGCAGACCAAGCCCUCCAGAGGGCCCAAUUGAGAUUUCCUCGAUUACAUCAGAGUCAUGCGUACUGUCAUGGAAUCUACCUGAGGAUGAUGGUGGAACAGACAUCACUAACUACAUUGUUGAGAAGCGUGAAUCUGGCUCCACUGCUUGGCAGCUUAUUAACUCAAGUGUAAAGCACACUUCUUUCCAUAUUUCCCAUCUUACUAAAUACAUGCAGUAUACUUUCCGUAUCUGUGCUGAAAACCGUUUUGGUGUGAGCAAACCAACAGAGUCUGAGACGAUUGUUGCAGAGCAUCCAUUUGUUCCUCCAGGCCCUCCAACAAGACCAGAAGUGUUCACUGUAACCGCCAACAGCAUGAGCAUUCGUUGGGAGGAACCAUACCAUGAUGGUGGCAGCAAAGUCACUGGAUACUGGAUUGAAAAGAAGGAGCGUAACACAAUUCUCUGGGUGAGAGAAAACAAGAUUCCCUGCUUUGAUUGCUACUACAAGGUGGAAGGCCUUGUUGAGGGUCUUGAAUACCAGUUCAGAGUGUAUGCAAUGAAUAGCGCUGGCCUCAGCAAAGCAAGCGAAGCAUCAAAGAGAGCUGUGGCUCAAAAUCCAGUUGAUCCUCCGGGAAAACCAGAGGUUACAAAUGUAUCAAGAUCAACAGUCUCAAUCAAAUGGUCUGUGCCCCUAAACGAUGGUGGAAGCCCAAUCACAGGCUACAUUGUUGAGCGCAAGCCAUAUACUGUCACUGGAGAAGGUCGCUGGCUUAAGUGUAACUACACUAAUGUUACUAACACAAAUUUCACUAUCACUGCACUGGGAGAAGGAGAGGAAUAUGAAUUCCGUGUAAUUGCCAAAAAUGCAAAUGGAGUGUUGAGCCUGCCAUCAGUUUCAACAGGACCAGUGACCUGCAAAGCAGAAUACAUUCCUCCUAAAGCAGAGCUGGACAGCAAACUCCUUGUGGACACAGUUAUAAUUAGAGCUGGAUCUGAUCUGGUGCUGGAUGCUGCUGUUGGUGGUAAGCCUGAGCCUAAAGUCAGCUGGUCCAAGGGUACAAAAGAGCUAGAGCUUUGUGAAAAAUAUGCUCUCCAGUACUCAAGUACACGUGCUCUGGCAAUCAUCAAGUUCUGUGACAGAGAUGACACUGGGAAGUAUGUUCUGACAGUUAGAAAUGCAAGUGGAACAAAAACUGCUGAGGUCAAUGUUAAAGUGCUUGAUACACCUGGCCCCUGUCAGGAGAUUAUAGUCAGCAAUGUCUCUGAGGAAAAAUGCACAGUGUCUUGGAAAGAGCCACUGGAGGAUGGUGGUGACCCCAUCACACAUUACAUUGUUGAAAGAAGGGAUACCAAUAGACUUAACUGGGUUAUCAUGGAGGCUGAAUGCAAAGCCCUAACAUGUGAAAUUAAAAGACUUUUCAAGAACAAUGAAUAUAUCUUCCGUGUGAGAGGUGUGAACAAGUAUGGACCUGGUGUGGCAGUACAGUCUACCCCCAUCUUUGCCAGAAACUCAUUCACUGUCCCAUCACCCCCUGGAACACCAGAAAUCCUUGCAGUUGGAAAAGACUAUGCAACGAUCGAGUGGCUGAAGCCUGAGAGCGAUGGUGGCAGUGAAGUCACAAACUACUUGAUUGAAUUCCGUGAAAGAAAGAGUGUAAGAUGGAUUAAGGUUAACAGAGAUUCUAUUCUCAAGGAGACAUCCUUCAAAGUCACUGGUCUCCAUGAGAGCAACAUUUACCAGUUCCGCAUUACAGCCAUGAAUGCAGCUGGUGAUAGUGAACCUAGUGAAGUGUCAAUGUAUGCAGUAUGUAGAGUACCAACAGGCACUCCAGAUCCACCUUCAAUUCCAAGGGUUACAGACACACACAAGGAUAGUAUUAGCCUUGCCUGGACACGACCAGUUGAAGAUGGAGGUGCAGAUGUUAUUGGUUACGUUCUUGAGAUGCAAGAAGCUGGUGCAGAGGAAUGGACAAAAGUGCAUGAAAAGAAUCUUAGGGUGACAGAACACACAGUUGCAGGUCUUUCUGCUGGCAAAAAAUACUGUUUCAGAGUUGCAGCAGUCAAUGUAAAUGGAAUGGGUGAUUUCAGUGAUCCUUGUGCAGAGACUGAGCCUGUGGAAAGAACUGAAAUUCCUGACCUUGAGCUGUCUGAUGAACUGACAAAGACAAUUUGUCUGAGAGCAGGAAGUUCUCUGCGGCUCCAUGUUACUGUUACUGGUAGACCAAUCCCAACUGUAACCUGGACCAAACCCGGUGUGGACCUCCAAAAUCGUGGCUUUAUUGAAGUGACAAAUACUGCUACAACUCUCAUUAUUGACAAGGUGCACCGCUAUGAUGCUGGUAGAUAUACAAUUGAAGCUUCAAAUUCAGCUGGGAAGAAGGAUGCAAGCAUUCUUGUGAAAAUCUAUGAUACACCUGGUCCAACUGGUCCAAUUAAGAUGAAAGAGCUUACAAAAGAUUUUGCUCAUAUUACUUGGGAUGCUCCUGAGGCUGAUGGUGGAGCACCUGUCAAUAAUUACAUCAUUGAAAGACGAGAGGCAUCAAUGAGAGCAUACAAAACUGUCACAUCCAAAUGCAGCAAGACAUCAUACAAAAUAACUGGUCUGACAGAAGGAAUGCUGUAUUAUUUCAGAGUCUUACCAGAGAAUAUCUAUGGUAUUGGUGAACCUUGUGAGACAAGCGAUGUUGUGUUGGUGUGCGAAGUUCCACUUCCACCAGCCAAGCUUGAAGUUGUAGAUGUAACCAAAUCCAGUGUAUCACUUGCCUGGGAGAAACCUUUACAUGAUGGAGGCAGCAGAAUCACUGGCUACAUUGUCGAGGCUUGUAAAGCUGGUACUGACAAGUGGAUGAAGGUGGCAACUUUGAAACUUACAGACUUUGAGUUCACUAUCAUGUCACUUAAUGAGAAUGAGCAGUACUUCUUCAGGGUACGUGCUGUCAACAGCAGAGGAGCUGGUGAGCCAAAAGAAAUUGUUACAGCUGUGACAGUUCAAGAUCAAAGAGUCAUGCCAAAGGUUGAUCUGUCAGCUAUUCCACAGAAGACGAUAAGUGUUUUGGCAGGCAAACCCCUUGAGCUUGACUUAACAAUUAUAGGAAGACCACCACCAGUUUGUUCUUGGUUCUUCAAUGACAAUAGGUUAAAGAUUGUGGAGCGUGUGAAGAUAAAGUCAACUGGAAAAUUCUCUAAAUUAACUAUUCUUGACACUACCAUUGAUGACAGUGGAGUGUAUACUCUUGAGGUAAAAAACAUAACAGGAGUAACUACUGAAAACAUCAAAGUCAUCAUUCUUUCCAAACCUGAUGAGCCUCAAGGACCCAUCCGAUUUGAUGAAAUUGACGCAACAUCAGUCACAAUAAGCUGGGAUCCACCUACGAGAGAUGGUGGUGCACCAAUUAGCAACUAUGUUGUUGAACAACGUGAUGCUCAUCGUCCAGGAUGGGUACCUGUAUCGGAAUCAGUUACCAGACCAACAUUCAAAUUUGACAGGUUGACAGAGGGCGAUGAAUAUGUGUUCCGUGUCGCAGCAACCAAUCGCUAUGGCACUGGGGAUUACUUACAGUCAGAAAUCGUAAUGUGCAAGAGCUCCAAAUCCAUUCCCGGGCCGCCUGGAAGACCCAUUGUAUUUGAUGUAUCACGUGAUGGCAUGACUGUUGCAUGGGAGCCACCAGAUGAGGAUGGAGGCUUAGAGGUGUCUGGCUACAUUAUUGAACGCAAGGAGGUCAGAUCUGAUAGGUGGAUCCGUGCUAAUAAAAAUCCAGUGACAAUGACAAGAUACAGAUCCACUGGAUUAAUUGAAGGCCUGGAAUAUGAACACAGAGUGACAGCCAUCAAUGCUCGUGGUGUCGGCAAACCUAGCCUUCUUUCUAAACCAGCAGUAGCAACUGAUCCAGUUGAUCCACCAGGGUCACCUCAAAACCCACGAGUCACAGAUACCACAAAAUCUUCUGUGUCUUUGGCCUGGAGUCCUCCAGAUGAGGAGGGUGGUUCUAAGGUUACAGGCUAUCUAAUUGAGAUGCAAAAGGUUGGAUCAGUAACCUGGUUGAAGUGCAAUGCUACACCUUCACUGAUCUGUGAAUAUACUUUGACACAAAUGCCACAAGGAGAAGAAUUUAAAUUCCGUGUUAUGGCUUGCAAUGCUGGUGGACCAGGUGAACCAGCUGAAGUACCAGGUGUUGUGACUAUAACAGAGAUGCUUGAUCCUCCAAGUUAUGAUCUUGAGGCAAAAUACAAAGAUGUCCUUGUAGUCAGAUCCGGAGGAGUAAUCAAACUUUCAGUACCCAUCAAAGGCAAACCUGCUCCUACCUGCAAAUGGACGAAGGAUGGAUCAGAGGUGACCAACCGUGCAAUGAUUGCUUCCAAUGAAGAUGUAUCAGAGCUUGUAAUCAAACAAGCUGAAAGGUCUGAUUCUGGUGUUUACUAUCUCAAUCUGGAAAACAAGUGUGGCAAAAAGAUGCUUCCUAUAAAGGUCAAGGUUAUUGGCCGCCCAUCUGUACCUGAAGGCCCUCUUAGAUUUGAUGAUAUACAAGAACAUUCUGUAAGAGUGAGCUGGAAACCACCAACAGAAGAUGGUGGUUCUGAAAUUGUUGGCUACAUUGUGGAGAGACGUGAAGUAACAAAAGCAGCUUGGUACACUGUUGACUCACGAGUGGUUGACACAUCCCUUGUGGUUAAGGGACUACAAGAAAAUGUUGAAUACCACUUCAAGGUGACAGCAGAGAACCAGUUUGGAAUAAGCAACUCCCUGAAAUCAGAGACAACUGUUGUACCAAAGACUCCCAUUUGUGCCCCAGAGGCUUCAGGCACUCCACCAGAAAUUAUGGAUGUUACUAAGAAUUCUGCUGCUUUGGCUUGGACUAAACCCAAAGAUGAUGGUGGAUCUCGCAUUACUGGUUACUUUAUUGAGUACAAAGAAGUGUCGUCUGAAAAGUGGAUUCGUCAUGAGACAAAGAUUACCUCAACAAUGUAUACUCUUAGUCAGCUCUCUACUGAUGCUGAGUAUCAGUUCCGUGUUAUUGCUGUGAAUGACAUUGGAGAGAGUGAACCAGGACCUGCAUCAGAUUCAGUAAUAUGCAAAGAUCCCUUUGAUAAACCAAGCCAGCCAGGAGAAAUUGACACUAUGACUGUUACCAAAGACUACAUUACAAUUAACUGGGAGGCUCCAGCAUGUGAUGGUGGAAAACCAGUUCUUGGCUACUGGAUUGAAUACCGAAAGUCUGGAGAGAGUGCUUGGAAGAAAUGCAAUAAGGAGCGCACAAAGGACAAACAAUACACACAGGGUGGUCUACAAGAGGCAGCUGAAUAUGAAUUCAGAGUAUUUGCUGAAAAUGAAACCGGAAUUAGCAGACCACGCAGAACAGCAACUGGCAUCAAAACUAAACUGGGUGUUGGAACUAAACCAGCUCUCAGGAAAGAGAUGGAUGAAGUCACUGCUAAACUAGGACAAACUGCAACUCUCAAAUGUCAGAUUAUUGGAAGACCUGUUCCAGAAAUUAAAUGGUACAAGGGUGGAAAGGAAAUCAAAGAAGGUCGCAAAUAUGCAGCGACCUCUGAUGGCCGCAGUCAUACACUGACCAUUUCAACCGAUCAACAGGAAGAUGAGGGUUUGUACACAUGCAAGGCUGUGAAUGAAGCCGGGGAGUGUGAGACCAGUGGAACUCUGGUCCUUGAAGCAGCACCACAGUUCCCAGUGCCACUGAAAGACAAAUUAUUUGCAACAUGUGGUAGCACAGUGCGCAUACAUGUUGUUUACAUUGGUCGACCUCAGCCUAAGAUCAUGUGGCUUUAUGGAGCCAAGGCUUUGGAGCCCUCUGAGAACGUAAUAAUUGAAAAUACAGAGCAUUACACUCAUUUGAUUCUCAAAAAUGUACAGCGCAGAGUAAACGGAGGAAAAUACAGAAUCAGGAUCAACAACCAUUUCGGGGCUGCAGAUACUGUAACUCAUGUUGAAAUCUUAGAUAAACCUGCAUUGCCAGAAGGCCCUCUUGUUCUUGAUGCACUGUUGAAGAAUUCUGUGAUAAUUAGCUGGAAAGCACCCAAAGAUGAUGGAGGAUCUAUGAUCACAAAUUAUAUUGUGGAAAAGCGUGAAGACAAGGAAGGAGCAGAGUGGGAACUUGUAUCUUCAUCUAUCACAGGCACUUCAUGCAGAAUUCCUAACCUUGUUGAAAAUGAGGGAUACUUCUUCCGUGUUUCAGCACAAAAUCGUUAUGGCAAUAGUGAAUCACUGGAGAAUCCUUCUGCUAUCCUCAUCAAGAGUCAGCUAGAGAGGCCAGGAGCUCCAUUAAAACCAGUUGUUUCUGCACUUACCAAAAACUCCUGUGUUGUGUCUUGGAAGCCACCUCUCAGUGAUGGUGGUUCUAAAAUUAAGAUCUACUGUCUUGAAAAACGAGAUAAGAAGAAGGGUGAAUGGGUUGCAGUUACAACAGAUGAAAUCCACCAGACUGUUUAUUCUGUCAAGGGCCUGACAGAAGGUGUGGAGCAUGAAUUCCGGGUGAAAUGUGAAAACCUUGGUGGAGAAAGUGAGUACAGUGAAGUAUCUGACCCUGCCAUUCCAAAGACUGAUGUUGAAGUGCGUGCUCCUGCCUUCAAAGAAGACCUCAGAAACAUGAGUGUAAAAUUCAAGAGCAAUUCAACAUUUGUCUGCAAGAUAACAGGACAGCCCAAGCCUGUAAUAAAAUGGUUCAAGCGUGGUAAGGAAAUUCAAGCUGAUGGCACCAAAAUCAAGAUCCAAGAAUUCAAGGGAGGCUACCAUCAGCUUGUUAUUGCUGAUUGUGAUACAGAAGACUCAACUGUAUAUCAGAUCAGAGCAACAAACCAGGGUGGAACCAUUUCUGCUACUGUUUCUCUAGAUGUUGAAAUCCCUGCUAAAAUUCAUCUACCUAAGAAUCUGCAAGGAAAGGAGGCUAUCCCUGCCCUUCGUGGUGAAGUGGUGAACAUCAAAAUUCCAUUCAGUGGAAAACCAGAUCCAGUUAUCACUUGGCAGAAGGGACAAGACCUUCUUGAUAAUGAUGGACACUAUCAAGUCAUUGUUACACGAUCCUUCACAUCUCUUGUAUUCUUGAAUGGAGUAGAAAGGAAUGAUGCUGGUUUCUAUAUUGUGUGUGCCAAAAAUAGAUUUGGAAUUGACCAGCAAACAGUUGAGCUUGAUGUUGCAGAUGUGCCUGAUCCACCACGUGGCAUCAAGGCCAGUGAUGUUUCGAGAGAUUCUGUAACACUUCACUGGGUAGCACCUGCCAAUGAUGGUGGAAGUAAAGUCACAAACUAUAUCAUAGAAAAGUGUGCCACAACAGCAGAAAGAUGGGUUCGUGUUGGCCAGUCUCGUGACACCCACUAUACUGUUGUCAAUCUGUUUGGGAAAACAAGUUACCAAUUCCGUGUCAUAGCUGAAAGUAAAUUUGGUCAGAGUGCACCGUCUGAGCCAAGUGGAUCUGUUGUAACGAAGGAAGACAAAUCAAGAGUUCUUAACUAUGAUGAAGAAGUUGAUGACACCAGGCCAGUUUCCAAAAGCAAAGCUCCUCAUUCAGAGGCUAAGAAUGUUCACAACAAGUACAUGAUUGCUGAAGAGCUUGGCCGCGGACAGUUUGGUAUUAUUCACCGGUGCAUUGAAACCAGUUCUGAGAAAACUUACAUGGCUAAAUUUGUCAAAGUUAGAGGUGCAGAUCAGGCACUAGUGAAGAAAGAAAUUGCAACACUGAAUGUGGCACGCCACAAGAACUUCCUGUUACUGCAUGAGUCAUUUGACUGCCCUGAAGAGCUAGUCAUGAUUUAUGAGUUCAUCUCUGGUGUGGACAUAUUUGAGCGCCUUGGUACAGCCAAUUUUGAGCUCAAUGAGCGUGAAAUUGUUAACUAUAUCAGACAAGUAUGUGAAGCUCUUGAAUUCCUUCACAGCAAGAGUUAUGGCCACUUUGAUAUCAGGCCUGAAAAUAUAGUGUACACUACAAGAAAGGGAAAUAAUGUCAAGAUCAUUGAGCUUGGACAAUCUAGACACCUUACACCUGGCGACCAAAUUAAGAUUCAGUACACGACAGCUGAGUUUGCGGCACCAGAAAUACAUCAAAAUGAGAUGGUUAGCACCGUGACAGAUAUGUGGUCUGUCGGUGUCCUUGUGUAUGUUCUUCUCAGUGGACUUAAUCCAUUCGCUGCUGAAACUAAUCAGCAAAUGAUUGAGAGCAUUUGCAAUGCUGAUUACAGUUUUGAUGAUGAAGCCUUCAAGCAUGUAAGUGUUGAGGCAUUUGACUUUGCGGACCGCCUACUAACCAAAGAGCGCAAACAUCGUAUGACCGCUGCUGAGGCUUUGAAUCAUCCUUGGCUGACAAUGAACUCAGAGCAGCUAAGCACUAGGUCCAUCAAGAUUACACGCCAUAAGAGAUAUUACCAAGCCAUGGUUAAGAAAGAAUGGAACACUGUUGUGUCAUCUGCUCGUGUUGCCAGUGGUGGUGCUAUCAGAAGUCAGCGAGGAGUAACAGUCUCUAAAGUGAAGAUUGCACCAUUUGAACAUGGACCAGUUGCAGGACUAAUUAAACACAGUGUUGCUGAUGAAGGUGAUGAUAUCAAGCUCAUUUGCACCAUUGAUAACUACGAUAGCACCACCGAAGUAACAUGGUACUGUGGAGUAAGACAACUAGAAGAAGGCGCUAAAUAUGAAAUUACUUAUGACGACGGGCUUGCUACCAUAACUAUCAAAGGAAUCACCAGAACUGAUGACGGAACAUACAGAUGUAAAGUUGUCAAUGAGUAUGGUGAGGACAGUGCCUAUGCUGAGCUCUUUGUCAAAGGGGUAAGAUCCUAUCGUGAGUUCUUCACUACACGUGUUGUAAAGAAAGUAAAACGCAGAGUUGACACAGCAAGACUUCUGCAAAGACCUCCUGAAUUUACUUUGCCAUUGUGUAACCGCACUGCUUACAUUCGAGAGGAUGUGCGCUUUGGUGUCACAAUCACAGUGCAUCCUGAACCUCGUGUAAUGUGGUUGAAAACUGGUCAAAAGAUUAUGCCAGGAGAUGAUGAUAAGAAAUACACUUUUGUUAGUGAUAAGGGCCUGUAUCAGUUAGUGAUUCGUAAUCUUGACCCAGAUGAUGACGCAGAAUACACUGUUGUGGCACGGAACAGAUUUGGUGAUGACAGUUGCAAGGCUCGUCUCACAGUGAUCCCUCGUCCUGCUCCUGCUGAUAACACCUUGAGACCUAUGUUCAAACGUGUUCUUGCUAACUUGGAAUGCAGAGAAGGCCAGAGUGUACGUUUUGAAAUGAGAGUGUCAGGGCAUCCUUCAUUGAAAUGGGAGAAAGAUGGCAUGCCUUUGGCAUUUGGUCCACAAAUUGACGUUGUGCAUGAAGGCUUAGAUUACUAUGUCUUACAUGUAAGAGAUACUCUUCCAGAAGAUUCUGGCACGUACAGAGUCAUUGCAACUAACUCAGCUGGGUCUGCAAGUUGCCAAUCCACACUCAAGGUUGAACGUGUGAUACACAUCAAGAAGGAGGAGAGUGAGGAACAAAAGAAGAAGAAACACGAUCUUGAUCAGCAAGAGAUGGACAAGAGAGUAAGACUAACUCAGAUACUAGCAGGUGCAGAUGUUACCCCACUUACUCCAGUCGCACAGCAAGCACUAAGAGACGCUGCAACUAUGUUCAAGCCAGCAAUCACUACCAAGAAAGUCAAGAGCGAAGCUGAGGAAGCCAAAGAAAAAGAAGAAAAAAAGAAGAGAGCAGAAGAAAAGAGGUUGAGAAUGCCAUAUGUUAUUCCUCCACCUCGUGUUGUUGCUCCUACUGCUCUUGAGGAGGACAUGGAAAUCAAACACUUUGUGCCUUUCUCUGAUAUGAAGUGGUACAAGAAACUCCGUGAUCAGUAUGAGUUCCCGGAGCCAAUGGAAAAGUUCCCCCAGAAAAGACUUAAGCGCAUCCGGCUGUCAAGGUGGGAUCAGUUCUAUGAAGUACCCCUGCCGAGAAUUAAAGACCAAUACAAGCCAAAAUGGCAUAUUCCUGUUUCACAGGAUGACCUUGAGACUGUAAGGCCAGCAAGACACCGUACACCUUCUCCAGAGAUGGAGGCUUACUACAGAAUCAGGAGACGCUCUCUUGGUGAUCUUUCUGAUGAGGAACUGCUUCUGCCUGUUAAAGAAUACUUGUCAAUGAAGAGAACAGAGGAAGAACGACUUAAACUUGAGGAUGAACUUGAGUUAGGCUAUUCUGCUUCUCCACCAAGACUUAGCCCUGUACGCUUUGAACUCUCUGCACUGCGUCACCCAUCACCGAAGAGAGCUGCAUAUGAUGAGGAGGAAGGGGAGGAAGUUCCAACAUAUGACUCCUACCGUAUUCCAUCUAAAUAUGAGGCUGGUCCAAGCUAUAUUGACUUACGUCAGCGUCACGAUAGGGCAACAUACAGACCUCCAAGACAAAAGCAAAGGUUGUAUGAGGAAAAAGAGGAUCAGGAACUGCUUAGGUCAGCAAUGACAACCACAAAGUUAACUUCCUACAAGAGCCAACUGCAGCACAUUGAGUUUGAGGAGAAAACAAAAGUCAAAAGAAAGGAGAAAACAAGAGUUUCUGUGUCAGCGGUAACUGAGGCAGCAGUCAUAACUGAUAUACCUACAGCAUCAUUCUCUCCUGGCUAUGCUACAGUAACUCGUCCAAAGAAGCCUUCUGCUGCUCUGGCAGAAAAAGAAGUGGUUAAAACGACAUCACUUGAAAAAACACGCCCACGUUCCCCCAGCCUUGAAUCUGCUGAGAAAGCAGCCACUACACCAGACUUAUCAACAAAAAUUGAUUAUAUGUCAAGGUAUGAGUCAAGAAAGAAAGCCUUGAAAACUGAGAGGAAGCUUGAAAUUGUGACCCAGCAGCCUUUUACCCUUGACCAUGCUCCCAGAGUGACUGUAAGAAUGCGCUCUCACCGUGUGCCAAUUGGUCAAAGCACUAAAUUCACACUGAAUGUCCAAUCUAAGCCAGAAGCACAGAUUAAAUGGUACCACAAUGGAGUGCAGAUUGAAGAAAGCAGAAAAUACCGUAUGUUUAACAUGAGUGGUGUUUUGUCUCUUCAAAUCACUGAUUGUCAGGAAGAGGACAGUGGCACCUACCGUGUCGUCUGCACAAAUGCAAAGGGAGAGGCCUCUGACUAUGCCACUCUCGAUGUUGCUGGUGAUGGAUUUUCUGCAUAUGCCUCACAACGUAAAGAUGAGGAGCCACCAACUCCCUUUGUCCCUGAGAUGACAAAAACAGAUGUUUAUCAUGUUUCAUCUACAAAAGCAGCAUCUGUAUCAGAAACACAAGUGGAAUUAUCCAAAACUAAAACAGACAAGAUAGAAGAGACAACUGAGACUGUUGUUCAGGAGGAGCAGGUAACAUCGGAAAUCAAACUUGAAACCAUGGCAGUGACAGCAGUUGAGGAAGUUGUGGUUGAGAACAUUUCUGAGACUAAACUUGAAGCUACAGAAGUGACAACAGUAGUGGAAAAAGUGGUUGAGGAAAAGAAGCCAACUCUCCCAGCAACAAUUCUGACUAAACCCCAGUCACUCACAGUAUCUGAGGGAGAAUCUGUUAAAUUCACCUGUGAUGUUGAUGGUGAACCUGCACCCACUAUAACAUGGAUGCGAGAGACUCAAGUAAUUGUGUCCUCUCAUCGUUACCAUAUUACCUCAACUGAAUAUAAAUCUACCUUUGAGAUUACCCAAGUAGAAACGUCAGAUGGAGGUAAUUACACAGUAAUGGCAGAGAACUCUGAAGGUAAACAGGAGGUACAGUUCAGUCUAACUGUUCGUAAACCAACACCUAUACAGAAAGUUGUUGCUUCUCCUCCAAGAGUGAAAUCUCCAGAGUCUCCCCGUAUAAAGUCACCAUUUGGAAUUAGGUCUCCACAGAGAAUUAAAUCACCUGAACCAAUUAAAUCUCCACCAAGAGUUAAGUCCCCACCCAUGGUAAAAUCACCUACUCCAAAAGAAAAAACAUCCAAGCCAACCUUCUCAGCAGAACUAAAAGACAUCUCAGCCUCUGCAGAUUCUAUUAUAAAGCUUACAGUGAAAGUGUCCGGUGAGCCUAAGCCAUCAAUCUCUUGGAUGAAGGAUAGAAAAAACCUCUCUCAAGGUGGAAAAUAUGAAAUAUUUGAAGAACAUGGUUCAGCACAUCUUGAAAUCUAUGAAGCUGAUGUCUCUGAUAGUGGAGUGUACACAUGUACAGCCAAAAACAGUGCUGGAUCUGUUACUACAAACUGCACUGUUACCGUUCAAGCACGAACAACAACAGUUGCCAUUGAAAGAAAAGCAGAGUUGACAGAGCAAAUAGUGAAAAAGGAGAUUGCCUAUGAGGAAGUGCAGUCCUUUACAGAAAUUAAAGCAUCAAAAACCCAAAUGACAAUGAGUCAAGGUCAGACUGUUACACUACGAGCAAACAUCCCUGAAGCCUCUGAUGUGAAAUGGAUCCUGAAUGGAGCCGAGCUAUCAAAUUCAGAGAACUACAGAUAUGGUGUGUCAGGAAAUGAUCACACCCUGACAAUUAAAAGCAUCAGCCACCAUGACCAGGGAAUUCUCACAUGUGAGGCCAAAACUGAACAUGGUAUAGUCAAGUGCCAGUUUGACAUGACCGUCAGUGCAAUGCACUCAAAUGCACCAAGUUUCCUUGUGCAACCACGCUCCCAGAAUGUAAACGAGGGACAAAAUGUCACAUUUACAUGUGAAAUCACUGGUGAAACUUCUCCUGAAAUUGAGUGGCUCAAGGAAAAUACAGUAAUAUCUAUUACAUCGAACAUGAAAUUGAGUCGGUCUAAGAAUGUGUACACACUUGAGAUUCACAAUGCCACCAUUGAAGACAGCGGAAAAUACACAGUAAAAGCUAAGAACAAAUUUGGACAGUGCUCUGCAACAGCAUCACUGAAUGUCCUUACUCUGGUUGAGGAACCUGCCAAAAUGAUAAUUGUGGAGAAAGCCUCUGAUGCUACGAGCAUGCAGGGGAGUUAUGCUGCCAAGCAUGUAGUUUCAAAAAUGCAAGAGACAUCCUUCAGCAGUUCCAGCAUGGCUGAGGUUAAAUUUGAGAGCAUGUCAGCGUCUAGCAUGACCUCCAUGACUUCUGAAAGAAUGAUAGCUAUGAGCUCCAGCAGUAUGAUGGCAAUGUCCAGUCACUCGCAUGCUGAGGGGUCAUCCAUCAAAGCCAUUUCUCAUGGCCGCAAAGGUAUACCACCUAAGAUUGAGGCUGCCCCUCAAGAUAUCAGUAUUGAGUCAGGGAAGGACCUGACUGUAGCCUGUGCUUUCACUGGAGACCCAGCCCCUUCCAUAGAAUGGUCACAUUCAGGGAAGACACUGUCCAGCAAGGAGGAGAGUGGACGAUUGCAGAUUGAGACUUCUCAAGAUAUCACCACUCUUGUUAUAAGUGGAGUGAAAGAGACUGAUGCUGGUGCAUACACCUUAAAACUUUUUAAUGAGUUUGGAUUUGAUACCACUACUGUCAAUGUCAGGAUUCGAUCGAUGUAAAAAAAAUACAAAUAGUUAUA